AUGAAACACGCGAUUUUGGUUCUUCUGCUUUGCUGUAAGUUGGUGAUUAUUUGUUCAUAUGCGCCGGUGUUAGUUGGUCUUAUUUUAGGUUUAAAUAGUAAGCGCCUACGUAUGACUGCAACCGGCUUCUCACACUGUUCUAAACAAAUUUUUCGUAUUUACUAUCUGCCUUAAAAUUAUGAUGCUGUGUGAUCUUAUGUUCGGAAAUAGCCAGCAAGCAUUCUGUAUAGUUUGUUAGACUCUCUUCGUGCUAGUACUUUUACAUCUCUUCGGUGGCGAGGGAUUAUGAAUAUCCUCAAUGGAAAUAGUCAUUAAUAGAUGGGAAUCAGAUUCUGAUUAAGGGCAACUAACUUAACAUAAUUAUAUUUGUUUAUGUGAGAUCACAAUUGGAUGGUAGGUCAGUCCUUCGAAUUGAUCAAAAUUGCUCGAUGCUCCAUGCUUGUACCAAAGAGAAUACUCACGCAGAACACAAGGGGUAAUUAAUAGGUUUUUAGAAGAAUAGGCAUAAUUUAUCUGGUUGCACUUUCUAUCGAGCGAUUUUACCACACCAGGAUCACCGAUUCCUUUCUAACUUUACAGACCCACACAUUUUAAUACUAUUAAAGGUUUUUAGCUUUAGCUGACUCGGAGGCUGAUAUUUACCCAUCCUUGUGUAGCAUCCGUGACUUGAAAAAGUGCAGCUAACAUCAGGUUAUGGGAACCCGUUUUUACUCAUAAUUUUAGCGUAUGUCUCGUGGCAGUAUGUUUAUCGUACGAAAUUUGAACGCAGUACUAUUUACUCAGUUUUCGCCAUUGUAUGUGCUUGGCGGCAAAACAGCAGCAUCAGAACACUGCGACACAAUUCAAAAGGGAUAAGCAACUUAACUACAAUAUUUAGCAGAUUACAGUCUCUAGAGUAGAUGUGCUAACUCAUGAAAUGUCAACCAACAUUUCGAAAUGCGUUCUCGUUUCGAAAAGAUAAUUUAAAUAGUGUUGUAAAACUAAUCAUGAUGCAGCAUAAGCCUAUAAUGAUCCAGUUACCGCAGGGUAUCGGCUUUUGAAAGAACUUAGUUUCGGCUGUAUGCUAGAUCUAUACUCUGCCGAAAAUGACUACUCAAUUAGUGUGCAAUUUUCUCAUUGAUUUUCGAUGGCCCUGAAAAUACAAUUAUAUUUCAUGGAAAACAUGCAUAAAAAUACUCAUUGUUUUACUUAUUCGGUGGAAAAUCACGUCUUCUUCCAUUGCAUUCAGGGGUUCAAAACUACAAGCUGUAUAUUUUCCGUGCACGGAAAACCAUGCAUUGCUCUAUGGUUUUAAGAGGAGACCAUAUGAGGUUCAUAAAAUUCAGCAGUGGAUUUGAGCGAUAUUGUUAACUUUACAAGCUACAUUCGUAAAUGCAGAUGCAUGACGUUACAUGAACGGCCAUUUAACGGUAUUAAAAAAUCUCACAAUUAGAAACUUUUUUAAAAACCAAAUUAUACUAUUUUUUGAGUAUGGAUUUGGAAGAAGACGUGAUUUUCUACCGAAUAAGUAAAAGAAUGAACAUUUUUGUGCAUGUUUUUUAUGAAAUUUAAGAGCAGCGAAAAUCAAUGAGAAAAUUGCAUGCUAUUUAAGCAGUCAUUUUUUGCAAAGUAUAGACGUUAAACGCAGCCGAAAAUAAGUUCUUUCGAAAGGCGACACCCUCUCGGUAACUGUGUCAUUAUAGAUUUAUGCUGCAUCAGGAUUAGUUUUACAACACUACUUAAUUUAUCUUUUCGAAACGAGAACGCAUUUCGAAAUGUUGGCGGACAUUUCAUGAGUUAGCACAUCUACUGUAAAAUAGACAUACCUCCGGAAACAGCGACAACAGGGUGGGUACUUAUGAUACGGGCAAGACACUUGAGCAAAACAGAAGGCUUUCAGUUAUUUAAAGCGUCUUCAAAAACCUGUAAGAAUGGCAGAUGCUGGCAUAUGUCUGUGCCGUUUUGUAGAUUAGACAUAGUCCGGUAUCAAGAAAGUAUCUCUAAAAUCCGCUUACAUGCUUGGUGACUUUGAGCUCUACGAUUUUUUAAGCUCACAAGUGAUCCUAAGGCCUAUACUGCAGUCCUGAUAAUAAGGAGCUGCUUGAAGCCAAGAUGGUACGGUAUGCCACCUAAGGGAUGAAAGGUGUCGAAAUUUACGAGUGAUUGCUAAUUAGUUGUAUCCAUCACCAAUGCAUGGAUUCAAUGUCGACAGUAAUAAAGGACACUUUUAAUAGAACCGAAAAUACAAUUGAAAUAUUAUAGGCAAUACUGCAAUGUGUAGUAAUACGAAUUUUCUUCGCAAAGCGGAAACUUCCGAGAAUGUCAUAAAUGGUUGUAUCUUAGUAAAUUUAAUUUUGAAAGGAACUGUUAAAAGACGGGCAGCACAAAAAGAAUAAUGUUUGAACAUGGUCUUUCAGUGCACUUCACAAUAAAAUAUCCUUUACGAAUUAGUGUAUUAUCAGGUACGACAGUUUCCCAACGGCCUCCAUUCGGAGUAUAAAUUCCAAAACGAUCUCCUGCGGAUUCGCUGUAUUUUCCACGCUUUUUAGUUGAUUAAGGUACAGCUCAAUAAGGCAGACAGGACUCUGCUUGAUUUCGCCGACAAGGACGCCAUAGGAAUAAGAGUUUUAUAAGGUCACAUAUUGUCAGGUCGGUUGCUGACUAAUAGAUUAAAGUAGGUUUGACAGAUUUAAUAGUAAACAAAUCUUUAGGUGUAUACAAAAAGAGACAAUCGGUUCUGUAAAACAAGCUUCCUAUUUUCCUUUUUUCUGGAUUACGUCGAAUUUCAAUUUUGCCUUGGUACAUCGUUAAAUACUUCAUCCUUUACAGUGUUUUUAAUCGAUCGUCCGUAAAGACAGAUUCUGUCGUCGAUGAAACUUCCAGAGAGACAAAUUUAAAAUUGACGCAACUGGGUUUAAAUUGAAGGAAUGACAACUCGCUUUUUUUCCUCCUCCUUUUAGACCUCAUUGAAGCGCGAUCAACUCACCGUUGGUGUAAGUUUAUCCGUGUUAUUUUCAACGGGACAAAUAAGACAACAUCUUGACCUGUAUUUAUGUUCGCGACAGGCUGAAAACUACAUAUUUAGACAUACAACAGGUUUACGUUGACACCUAAUCGAGAUGACUAAGGAGGUUUUAUUUGCCAUAUUGUACUUACUUAAUUCACUUUUAUUUAGAAAGUCGCCAGGGAAUCUCAGGUGUAUUUGCCUUAAUUUUUGAGACAUAACAUUGGCUCUUGACGAAGCAAGUAGUGCAAGUGCAGAAAGCAUGUUUGAAGUUUUAGCACAUUAACCCCUAGCAUGUUUUUAAGUCCGUCAAUAUUGUUUCCAUCACAGCCAGUUCGUGACUAUAAUAUUUAAUGCCUCACUGCUGAUACGAGUUGGUUUCUGCUCGCAUUCACUAAGUGCGGGUCUUAUGGUAAAUGAGUAAUACUGUCAAAUAAAGUCAAACCUCCCGGUUAAAAUAAGUGGUUCUACAUAGGAUGAUUAGUGGGCAAACAAGCUUCAAUUUUUAAGGCUCAUAAUAUUACAUUAUGCUCUAUUGACUGCCGGUUGCGAAUAAUCACCCACUGUAAUUACCUGCUCAUCAUCUACCUCUGGUUUUUCAUGAACAAACCUAAACACAUGUUUGACAUAUUUUCGUACGAAAAGUCGAAAUCCAUUGUCAGUCAGAGUGUGCUUGUCGUAUGAACAAUUGACAAUUGACCUUAACACACAGCCUUUCGGCAGUCCUCUCGCUUGAAUAAGACUAAUUCACACAUGUAAGUGCUCUAUUAAACCUCACCUCACUGGAGGUCAUAAGAUUAAGACCCGUCAUUAAAUUAAGAACACAGAAGUAAGUGUGCCGAUAAAAAAAAACAGGUCUGCACAUUUUUAAUGUUUCACGCUGGAUACUACACUAACCGGUAUAUAAAGUAAUCUGACGCCUUCAAAAUGCAGUGUUCGCUCACAGAAUUUGGAUGAAUAAAAGCAGAAUGGUUUAUCUUAUCACGCACAGACGACCGUUUAAUCGCUCCACUGUAAUUGCAAAUGUUAAAAUCAGGAGCCGUAGAAAAUGGUUGAAUAAACAGAUGACUGAGAAAUACAGCUCAAAGUAAGCAAGCCACAUCUGUGCAACCUGCAAACUCCAAACCUCAAAGCAAUGAUGGCGCAACCAAAUUGUGUUGGCAUGAAAGUCGACACGCAAUAGCGCAUUUAGCAGAAAAAUAUAGUGGUCCAAUUGGUGAUUAAAAUCGAAAAAGUUCAGAAAGGGGAACGUAAAAAUAGAGUAAUGUGGUUUGCAAUAGCAGAACAAACGGCAAAUGAAAAGUACCAAUCGGAGCAUACUGGGACACAUGGACAAAAUGUCCAUUAAGUACAAAAAUAAGUUAGUCAGGCCGAAAAGAUGGGUUCCAUGCGGAUAUUUUUAGUUAAUGCCAGGAUUGACACAAACGACUUCAGUAAAUCUAUUUACUUCAGAAUAUUACGAAAUGAACUUUUUAAAGACCACAAAGACGGAAAAACGCAUAACAGAAAAGGGGAAGAAUGAGUCUAACAGAAUGAAAACAGAAAAAAUAAAAGUAAAUGAGCAUAAAAUUUUGCAGGGAUUAAUGCGCAUGGAUGCACACAUUGCAAUAAAAAACAAAUACAAUAUGUGAAGCAGUAAAAUAUGAAAAAAAGUGCAAAGCUAACGAGCAGUUAGCAUAUUAAAGCCGGGAAGCAGAGAAAUAUAACAAAUAUGUCCAUUUCUAUGUUACAGCUACCUUGCCGCCGCAUACUGAAACAGCUCCACCAGGAACAGAACCAAUGAAAAGUAAGCAAAGCCAACGAAGAUAAUUAUUAAAAAUAGGAGGUAAAAGGAAACAACGGCAAAAACAUGACAUAACAAGGAAUGGAAAAAUGGCAUAGGCUAGGGAAAAAAUGAAGGAAGAAAGUAGAUGGAGGACAAAUGAGCAAGAAGAAGAAACGAUGCAAAUUGCUGAAUCUCUGUGAGAAAAUAAGAUAAAAUACAUAAAAGUAUUAAAGACUGUAGACCGAGGAAAGGGCAAAAGGCAGAGGCAAUGCAAAUUGCAGAAUAUUUAAGAGUAGUCAGCAAAUGAGAGAACACAUCCACAUGGGCUUAGUGAUCUGGCGGUAUAAGUCACAUCCAAUAUAAUAUAUAUAUUAUAUUAAUAUAUCAUUUGUAUUUUUAUUAUGAGAAUGGAGGUGUGGACGGCAAUGACAUUAGGGUCUGUGAGAUUUGUGUGUAGCACAGGACGUUGGGAGGCAGACAGCAAUCCCCAUGAUCGUCUCCCUGCAUUCUGUUUGCAGAAAGCGUAACCGAGGUUAAAGGCGAAUCUUCGUGGACCCCAAAGCCAUCUUCGCCUAGUAAGCGUAUUUUCCUACGCCAUUCCUCUCUCGCUAUUCGCUAUGAUCUGCAAACAGGCAGGACUUCGUAGUUGUUUUCAAAUGCCCCUUUUGAAUUUGUUUUAACGCACUAUUUUUAAGCCUCUUAUUACCCUAGGCCGUAGCUAUUUAUUGCGCUACAUGAAUUCAUUCGAUUUUCGCAAUUUUAUUUCCUGUGUUAUCUCAUGCUGACCUCUACGAUGGCGUCCUUACCAUUUGACACACUUGCUGCACUACUUGUCUUACUUCCUCUCCUCGUCUUUUGCAUUCUCCGUAGGCCAUUCUGGCGAAAUCCUUUCGACCAUCACGACAACUCCACCUCCAGGAAAAUUUCCUGGGGAGCACAUUCUCGUCAUUGCGUCAUGUCUCACUAUACUCAAUCCACUCCACCAAUCAGAAAUAACUGAGCCCAUCUACUGCAUACCGUGCGCCCAGUACACUUGCGUAUAUAUUGGCCAUACAGGCCUACUCGCAUUAGCGAGCAGAAGUUAUCCCUCCUCAGUCGCGACUCCCCCCCCCUUGUCUCUCGUGUUUGCUCCCGCCCUUUAGUAUGACCAACGUUUCAAUUGCAGCGGUGCUGAAGUGAUGGCAAUGGGUAACACCAGUUAGGCUCGAGAAUUCCUCGAAGCAUGACAUUCUGGCACAACCAGCAGCAACCGGCACGUCCUUCUAGACUCUCAAUACGAGGGAUUACGUAUACGAUCAUUGACUUGUUCCCACACCCUAACAACCGUUAAUCAACAUCUGAACACGCAAAAUUACAGUAGAUGUGCUAACUCAUGAAAUAUCAACUGAAAUUCUGGAAUGCGGUUUAAUUAAGUAGUGUUGUAAAACCACUCAAUAUGCAACAUAAUUCUAUGAUAAUUAAAUCACCUAAGGUUGCCUGCUUUCGAAAGAACUCCUUUUCUGUUGCAUAAAACGUCUAUACUGUGUAAGAAAGGACGGCUUGAGUAGCAUGCAUUUUCUCAUCGAUUUUAGAAGCCCUUAAACAUUCUAUUAUAUUUCAUAGAACACAUGCAUAAAAAUAUUCAUACUUUUGCUCAUUCAGUUAAAUAUUACGUCUUCUUCCAAUCUCAUUUUUGGAGAAUAGCUAUAAUCCGGUUUUCAAAACGUUUCCCAUUCGCGGAUAAUUUUAAACCCGAUCUGCAGUUAUAUUUGCAUCCAGAAUUUCCAAACUACAAGCCGUAUAUCUUCCUUGUGCGGAAAACCAUGCAUGUCUCUACGGUAUUAAGAGGAGACUAUAUGGAGUUCAUAUAAUUUAGCAGUAGAUUUGAGCCAAAUUGUUAACUGUACAAGCCACACUGGUAAAUGCAAAGGCAUGAAGUUUUAUGAAAAGGCAUAUCACGGCCGAAUUGGGCCCGCCCUUCGAGUAUACCACUGGAAGAAGACGUGAUUUCUACCGAAUGAGCAAAGUAAUGAAUACGUUUUAUGUAUGUCUUCCAAGACUUACAAUUGAAUUUUUAAGGGCAUCGAAAAUCGAUGAGAAAAUGCAUGCUAAACAAGAAGUCAUUUUCUACUGCGUAUACUUUUUGUAUGCAUCCCGGAAGGAGUUCGUUAGAAAGCCGCAUCCUGCGGUACUUGGACAAUUAUUGAAUUAUGCUGCAUAAUGAUUAUUUCAAGGCCAGUUCUCCGAGAUGCCGGAAACACUUGAAUCAUGUAAGCAACUGCCCUGUCAUUACGGCGGCAUCGCUAAGUAUGCAGAUGCGCCAAACGUAGCGCAGAGAACAUGAAGCAGGCAGUUAAUAUACUUGCCGGAGUACGGAAUGUUAGCUUUCUACUUUUUCAGCUGGAAGAAUGCCCCGGGUAUUUUGCCUUUCCUUAGGCGUCGUUUUUAUAUAGAGUGACACGCACGCGUGUGGAUAUAUUUAUUUUUUGCUCUAUAUGUAAACGUUUCUAUCAAUCAGUUUGUGUCCUGUGAUUGCAUUUUUCGUGUGCAAUUCAUUAUUUCCUUCUGCUUAUUUUUUUCAGUUACUUCUUUUAGCAUUACCCUUUCCUUUUUUCUUUAUUUUUACUACUUUUUGGUCUAUUUCACCAUGUAUUUGAUUCUAUAUUCUCGCUAUUUCAGUACUCUAAUUAUCCUCUUUCACCCUCUACAUACAAAUUUACCCGUCAUUACAACCUGCUGCUGAAUACAGCGAAUAUGCGUCUUGGAAUUUUGUAACUGUAGCCUGAUAACGCCCAGUCCUAGAGGACAACGAUACAGCGAAUCAUCAAUCAUCCCAUUAGCGGGUGAUAUGUGCAAAUAUUUGGUUUGGUAUAACAGUACUAUUCUGUCGAUUUAAGCGGUAUUCUUCAAGCAAAUAUACACGAAGUCUUUGUCUUAAUACCCCUGCGACGUCCGCCAUUAUCACUUCCUCUGGAAGCUCGUUUCGGGCACUGGCGACUCGCUGUGAAAAUGCGAACAUCCAUGUGGGAUCUGGUUCUCUGAUGUUUUAGAAAGUUUCAGCUCAGGUUUGCUUUUGUAGUCAAGGUGGAGAAAUCAAUGUAGCGAAUGGCACAGUCUCGUUUCCUUACGAUCCGUUAGGUCUGCUUGAGAUCUCCUCGGAUCUGCCUGUACUCAAGAGAAAAUAGCUUAUGCUCAUCAAGUCUACAGCGGGAAGAUAAAGUCCUGAGGCCUUUCACAAUUUUGGUCGCCCUCCUAUGAACUCGUUCCGGCAACUAAUAGUCAUUUUCAGCCAGAGUCGCCAUGCUUGGAUUCCAUAUUCCAAUUUUUGAAUGAACAAAUGCUCCAUACACUUUUCCAAAUAGCUCUUUGAGCAUUAAAGUCAUUUUAAUUGCGAAGAGGACGGCAUUUGCCCUGUCAGCCCGCCUUCUUCUGCGGUUCUUGGUGGCCCUGCUGUUUUUUACCUUCCCCGUGUUUUGCUUUUUUCUUUGUAGUUUUUCGGCUUUUUUGUCGUGUUUUUCAUGCCUUUUCUCCUCCUUUCCUAUUUUUCAGACGAGCGUGCUUAUUGGGUACGUAUCCUUGUUGACCUUACUUAAUUCUUGCCUUUUGUUGUUUUUCCCCGAAUUUUAUUCUGACUAUCAUGUUUUAGUUGGAGGAAGUGUGGUAUUACCUCAAGAGGAUCUCCUCGGUAUGUUACUGCGCUUCCUUUACGAUAUUCUUUUCCUCAUCAGCGCUUACUUAAGCGACCAUCCUGGUAGCCGACUUCGAAAGCCAACGUCCUGAGUUAACUAAAGUACUAUAGAAUUAUGCUGCACAAUGAUCGGUUUAACAACGAAAACGCAUUUAGGAAUUUUGGUUAAUAUUUCAUGAUUAAGUGCAUCUACUGUAUUGCUAACAGGUUUAUUGGGUAAUGGGAGAAUAAUCUACGGUCCCAGAAAUUACGGCGGUCCAGAUCAAAAACGUUUUUGGCUUGAAGGCAUUUGUGCGACGUUCUAGUCUUGACUUCGUUUCUUGGAAUCUGGACACAGUAUUAGACAAGGCCGCAUAGAUAAACAGAUGCUCACCGCCAGAUGAAGAAUUUACUCGCUACAAGGCGGAUUGCAGAGUCAGCAACUCGAAAUGACACCAGACAGGGAAUGCCAUCACUACGGGAAAUGAUUUCGGUGAAUACUGUUCGCAGAACUUGUGGAGGUUGUUCUGACCGAUGAAAGCGAGUAAAAGUUCAUGUUACUAAGGGCUAUUUUGCGAAAUAGCCAUAGGCCUGCGGAAAUUACUCUAGAUUGCAUUUCGGUUGGCAGAAAUGGAAUUACUAUAUUUAACUGUAAGUACUUCAGGAAGAGAUAAAAUGACGCCAAGUGAAGUGUUGUGCCCACAGCGGUCAAAAUGUUGCAAAGUAGUGGGGACAUUGAACGUGUGACAGUUUAGAAACUUGAAUGACAACCUGGAGUUCUUUUGUAAUCGGCGAAGCCACAAAGCACCUAGAUCUGGGAGUCCACAACGUUCUCGAUGUGUCGCAAUUGGGCGUUCCGCGAUCAAAGUACUUCUGGUAACAGAAGGCUGGACAAGUUCCACUUUCUUUCGCUCACCAGUGCGCAGAAGGCUAAAUAAAAACGUAUAGCAUUCUAGACCAGGCGGGUGCAAAGAUAGCCAGUUUCAAAUUUCCAUGGAGGAAAUCCAGUCGUUUUGUCCGCCUUGAGGCCAGUCAGGCAGGAAAACUGAAAGACUGGGACUCCUGGAGUUAUGCAUACGUAGAUCCUCAACAGUUCCGUUCACAUUAAUGUCGUCUCCAUCAGUGCACACUUGGGGCUGAUGAUGACUGUUCAGGCGGCGAAACCAUUGUUUGCAGAUUGUGCAACAUGACUACUAAAAGGGAGGCUGGCAGGCGUCACAAGACCGAGCUUUGCGGAUCUCAUGUUGAGUGAGACGUUACCUCAUUUUAGAUUAAGGCCUCUACGAUUUUCGAAAUUGCUGUAGCGCGGGGGAUGUUUUCUGGCCGAAAGUCGUCAGCUGACGUAGACUGGCCGUGCUUGGGAAUAUGUAGAAGGCAUGAGUCCUUGUACAAACUGGAAUAGGUCUCACUUUCGAGAGCGAGAUUAGAUAUCUCGCACAUGUGGGACGAAAUCACCUCACCUACGCCCGCAUUUAAAUUGCUGUUUGCAACACUAUUUGGUCCAGGACUACGAGCUUUAAGUAAUCGUCCGGUGACUGAAGCGGCGUCUUCGACCGUCGACGGGAUAUAUUUGCAGGUUAGGAAGUGAAGCGGUCGAAUUGUCAUUAUGCUUUUUGGACAAGAAGGCAUUGGAACUGCCAGCGAUCAGUUUGGCGUAUGCGAUAGGUUUUUAGAGUGCUUCUCAAAGAAUGGGAUGUUGUGGUUCCAUACAACUACUCAUUUGUGAGAAAACAUUUUACGACGUUUGACGAGCAUUUUUCGGCGAAGUUCACCAUUCCGGCUAGUUAUUUGCUUCUGAUAGCCUCUUAGCCCGCUCGUAAAUGCAACGUAUCAAAGGCAGAACUGAAACUUCGUGUCAGAUGAAACCGACGGGGCACUCUGCGUAACCUAGGACGAAAGUAUAUAGGGGGGGGAGUUUGAUUCGUAGCACUUAUUCUUCUUCUUAUGAUGUAUUGCCAUAGAUUUCAUUUUCCCACUUUGCAAAGUCCACAGUUAGAUGCAAUUGGACUGCCCAGUAAAUCACACGCAGACCUACGAAAAUUUUUCUGAAAGGGCUAUUUACACGCAGAGUCAAAUAUCCUGAUUUUCUUCCUGUCAACUUUUAGAUAAUUGAACGCUUGGAGGCGCAAGGAUUUUCUCCUUAAAAGAGUGGUAAUCUACAUCGUUUCAUAUUUUUCCUUUAAUUUGCGCUUUUGCUACCUCGUCUUCUACAGCAUUCCUUAUGCUACGCAUCCGAAUUCUUCUCAUUUCAGUGACUUGGAAUUCUGGCGCGCACGCAACCUCAUUCGUCUGCUUCUCGAAUCUAUUAGCGUGUAAUUUGCUCGUUGUUUUAUUUCUUAUAUAAAAAUCCACCAUUAAGCUAGUUCAAAUAAAUUCCUGAUUUCCAACAUGACUUUCGAAAAUUUUAUUUUCUUUCGUGAUCGUCUGAGACUUUUGUUCCUUACGGCUUACCUACACUUCCCGUCGAUCAACAGGGAAAAUAACUGUUGCAACAAUACAAUCAGGAAAAAGUCAGGUUUAACCUGAAAGAUAGCCGGACGAUAGCGUCCUGGACUUCUGUCUUUAUGAUUAGUUCUAAUUAUGCUGGUUCAGCUCUCUCUGUAAUUCCCACGGAAAGACUACACAUCGGUGAUCCUCGGUCCUACAUAACAUGUCGCAUUUAAGGGAAUGCGUCGUUCUGUCUAGUGAAUGCUUCACUAUCAACAAGUCGUCUCUGCUUGCAUGAACUACCACGAAGCCCUAGUUACCCAGCGACUUCGUAACCUAACAAUUUGUGUCCGCGUCCUCAACACUGUCCUAGGUACCAGUGGCACAUUCUCCACAAUAUUCCUAAAUUGCGACGACAGAGACAUUCUAGUUAACUAAAAUUCCGACAUUCUACAGCCCACAACUGCACGUCCUCUGCAACGAUAUUUCUGCGAUCUCGCAGUCAUACAUGUCGGGUUCAUUCAUAUAUGGGCAUUUAAAAUAAGAAUGUCAAUACAUAUUUUCGAGCUAAGUCCAAUUAGGUGGUCCAGAUAACUACAAACAAAAGUUAUAUAUCUGCAUAUAUAUGCAUAUUUGAAAGAAAUAAGUUCUUCGGGAAAGACAAACAAGACUAUUUGUAAAUUUUUGACCUUGCUUACCCAAGUCACCUUCAACCGUGAAGUAGGUGUGCAAAAUAGUUAACAUUUGAACGUGCCUAAAAUCGAUUUUGCCCUGUCACUUCUGCUGGCAUAAUGUCCUGAUUGGCCAAUGCCUUUUCCACUUCUUUUUGAGGCUGCUGUACACCGCAUCCAAUUCUACGUGUCGGUUGAUGCAUGAGUUAUCAGAAUGGAUGGCCUCUAAACGUUCACGACAAUUCCUAUAGGAGCAGACACCUACGAUGCUAGUGCUGUCCCAAGCGCAUUUAUGUCCAGUUUCCAGCGUAUGCAUGGCAGCUUGGGACAAGCGGUCUCGCCUAUUUACGACCACCUGAUUUUCGUGUACUCGUGCAGAGGCCGAUUUUGCAGGUUGACCGCAGUGAACCGCAUUAGAGGUGUUGCAUGGUAUCAAAAAGACUACUUCCUUCUUGUAUAAAUAGCCACCCCUAUCCUUAGGGUGCAUAAGCUGGUUUCGAAUUCUAGUUGUCGGCUUGUGCGCCUCACGUAGUUGGUGCUCCUUCAGAUGUCUUUCAACUAGUUCGGAUAUAUUCUUAAUGUGCGGAAGUGUUCGACAGUUUUUUCAGUUUGGGCGGCUGAUCGGAACAAUCUACUUCCUUGUCCUUUUCUUUUAACUCCUGUCGUUUCAUGCAUCGGUGCAAAAAAUAUCUAGGAUGUCCAUUCCGGCAAAACAGAUUGAAAAAAAUAUUUAGUUCUGUUUGAUAGGUUUCGUAGUCAGAACAGUAAGUUCUUGUUCGGUUAAUGAUUCUGUUCCCGGCGCUUCUUUUGUGAGAGAUUGGGUUAUUGCUAUCGUAAUGUAAAAGGAUUUCCGCCUAGGUUACCUUGCGGUAAACCUAAGUGUGGAAUGUCCCGACGGACUUUCUCGAUACGAGGAUAUCAAGAAACGAGAGCUUGUUGUCAGCCUCUUUCUCGGGUGUGGAACAGAUUCCUGGAAGUGUCGCCUGCCUUACUGAUCCUUUCAGGACUGCCUUGUACGCAGCGCCUGUUAGGCGGGGUGUAGAUCUAUACUCGGUUGAGUGUACCAGCCGAGGAUUAGCUUUUGGGAUACGAUCCGCACAUAUUCUCAUUGGCUCGAAAAAUUAGCCUUGCUUUCUCAAAGGCAAAACCGUGGUUCAGCUCUCGUAUGUGAGCAUAGACCAAAGACAGCUUGUCCUUGUGGUUUGUUGCAAGUUGGUGUUCGUGCAAUCGUGUACCGAGGCAUUUGCCCGUUUCACCAAAAUACCUCGCACUGCAAUUCAAGCAUGGUAUGCUGUAGACCACAUCUGACCGUUCUGUUGUUGAAAGCGGGUCUUUGGGCUUCAUGAUUUGCUGUCUGAUGGUGCAUUCUGGUUUAUGAGCCACGCCAAUCCUAAAAGGUUUCAGGAUUCUCGCCGUCGUCUCUGAUACGUUCUUCACAUAUAUUAUUGAGAGUCAGAACUUGGGCUUUUCUCCUCUCGACCGUUCAAAAUGAGGCUUUUUGAUGCAAUUGCGUAUAAUAGACUGUGGUUGGCCGCUGGCUUUAAAAAUGGCCUGCAAGUAAUUCUCCUCCCCCUUCUUCCCACUGUCGUCGGUACAGUGUGUUUGAACGCGUUGAAAGAGAGUUCUGACACAACUGCCUUUAUGACCAACAAGACGGUCGCUUCAGAAGUGGAAGAUUGCGCCUAGUACUUGUUUCCUUACGGUAAACCGUUGUUCUUAUCGUCCCGUCUGCGAUAUCGUAACUUGUACGUCCUGGAAGGACAACUGAUUGUUGACUUCCCCCUCCACAGUAAACUGAAUGUCGGGGAAAGAUUGCAUUUUACAAUGCCUUGAAAGCCUUUACCUCGCAACUCUUGAGUACAAGGACGUUUCGUCGACAUAUCUGGCCUAGAACUUCGGGGGGUACGAGCUGAGGACCAGCUGCUCGAGCCUUGGCAAAACAGCUUCGGCAAUUAGUCUAGACGGAGGCGAGCCCAUCGGUGUCCGCAACUUUUGCUCAUAGACGUGGCCGUUGAAUGUGAAGAAGGUCUUAAGACGCAGUUUUAGGAGUUCGAUGGUGUGUGCUCGUUUCAGCAGUUGGUCGGUCUCAUCAUAAUUUUUCUGGGAAAACCGUCAAUUUUGUCGAUAGCCAGCGCGGGUGGGAUGGCGAUGAACAAUGAGAUCACGUCAAAAGACGCCAUUACCGCAUCUGCCUCCACUUCGAGAUGUUUGAUGCGCGUCAAAAACUUUUCAGAUAUUUUAGUCUUUUGGAUAAUCAGACCCCAUAUUAGUCUUGAAUUCUUAUUUAGGGUCUCAUAUGACCAGAAUAUGCUGAAGAUGAAUAUGUUCGCAGACGAUAACAGACCAAACAAUAGAUUUAUAAGCAAAUAUACUACUAGACUUCCCUGAAUAAAUAGUCAAAACGAUCGAACAUAUGUCCCAUAAUAUAUGUGAUCUUAUGGAAUGCUAUCGCAGGCACUAUUCAAUAAUUUUAAUAGCGCCACAGAAUCUACUUCUUAUGACCUUGUUAAUGUAAAUGACAGGGGAAUAGGAAAAAUUAAGGAUUUGAAGGGCGAGUCGAGCCAUUACAAACAAUUUAAAAUUAUUUACGGAAAUGAGGAGCAAGCUCCACUGCUGCUGAACAGGAGAUAAGCACUCCGAGAUGCCCACCCGACGAUUUUUUCUGUGGAACUUCUCACACCCCGAGCGGAAUAGAUGAAGGGAACUCAAGGCCAAACUCCUAUAAAGAUACAAUACAUUAUUGAAGGGAGAAAUCGUAAAUGUUAGGAGCUCAUUCCUAUAGACACAACCACUAACAUUGAUCAUAAUGAAAAUUCAGGUUUUAGGAAAAGAACGUUCCUAUCUGCCACACCGAACAGGGAAAAUAACUGCCAACACAUUAACGUCCGGUUUGAUCAAUCAGCAGCAGACUCGAAAGCGGACAAAGGACCGGAAAACUCACACGAAAUAUCUAGCAAAUUUGACCCGUGACUGUGAGGCAAUGUGGCCUAAACUAAGGAUGAGUGGCGCAACUAAUUUGAAUUUCCUCACCGUAACAGUCCACCCAAUCAAACUCUUGAUGGUAACGACGCGAUAAUAAUGAUUAUUUUUAUUCAAGACCCGUUGGGGUCCAUCAAAGCAAGUAAAAAAAUGGCGUGCGAAUUGUAGACGAGGUAGGUAGGAUCUGUAAAAAAUGCAAUUCAUAGUUUUUGAAUUAGUAGUCCGUUGAGAAAAACUACUAGCGAGGUGUGAAGAAACUCCACUGAAAAAUUUAAAAAUGAUUGGAUUAAUUUUACAGCAGAAAAAACCCCUCGAUAAAAAAUAACAGAAAAUGCGGGCACGACUGGCCUGUAUGUGGUGGUAUAUAGCCGAUUAUAAUCGAACAUCGUCAGGGCAGAAAUAAAUGUCAGCCUUGAGGGGUACGUAUGCGGGUUGGACAGGACUAGCCUGCACGCGGUAUUGUAUACGGGAUUCAGAACUGACAUCGUCACGGCCGGAUUAAUACGCCGGAUGAGACUAUUCGCGUCAAAGAGGCCAGUAGAGAGGAACCCAGACGCGAUCGGCCACAGUAUGCAUCCAGCCCAACCGAGGAGCUGGGAAGGGAGGUACGUCCAAACUACUAGUAGACGGCGACUACUGAGGGUUGCGUCGUGAGCGUCGACAGACCGCAUGAGGUCAAAAUGCGGGAGAUGACAUCGAGAACCGCGAAAACCGUCGCUAUGGCGGAGGAGCGAUGACAGUGGAUUUAGAAACCAAUUUAAAACAAGGGUGCGUAAUGAUAUAAUUGAUGGUUACCAAUUGAUCUGCCAAUAAAUCCCAGUAGGACCCUUCUCAAAGCAAAGAACAUGAGUGUUAUGGAAUGAGACCGCUAACAGUGUCUUUAUGCGUACGGGUGGAUGAUGUUUGCGUAAUUUCGACUUGAAUACAAGUAACUUAGUCGAUGACCUUAUUUCUGGCUGAAGAUUAUUCCAAAGGAAAGCAUAUUUGGAAGCAAAGAAGAGGGAGUGCUUAAAUGUAGUGCAAAGAGGCGGCGGAAUCACCAUUGAGGACCUGCGUGUGGCAUCAGACCGAUCUCUCGGAGUGAGAGUGUCCAUGAGCGGAAGAUUGGAGCUAGAGUUGAUGCGAAAAAGGAAGCAAAGGCCAGCUUCUAGUCUUCUUACCCACAAAAACUUAUUGUUCGUCAGCUGACAUCUUCGAGUAUAAGAAAUACCGGAUGUAACUUGAGAACCCUCUGAACAUUUUCGAACUUAUAGCGCUCACAGACAUUCAUUAAACCAAGGAAAGGACAGCAGUAUUCGAGGACUGGAAGAACAAACAUUUUAUAAAUUCUUAGCUUCAUUUCCGGAAGGAAUAAAUUAUGCGAUAUAAAUUCACAUAUAUGCGCGUCUUUGGCAGAGAUCCUAUCUGCAAGUUUAUUCGUAUAACUUAAACCAAGGUCCUUUAUGCCGAGGCAAUCUGAGAGUGGGUUAUUCGGACAAAUUAUGGCAAUAGGAAGUUUUUUAGGAAGAAAAGACAUGAAACUACACUUUGAUGAGGAAAAUUCCAUCUGUCAUGUUGAAACCCAUCUGCUUAAGCGUAGUAAAUCGGCAUUAAUUAUUCAACAAAAUCGUUUGCAAUGUCCUUAGAAUAUGAAUAAACACACUUGAGGUCAUCGGCAUAAAGAGUAGUUUGCGAAUUUCCGAGUUCAGCCUACAUAUAAUUGAUGUACAUAAGGAAGAGUAGCGGAUCCAGAAACGUACCUUGAAAUAUGCCACUCGUGAUCCAGUGAGGUCUCGAGUAGCUAUUAACGACCAUAACUGUCUGAAAUCGGCGGGACAGAUAGGAGCUUAGUGUGUAGAUUGGAGAUGGCCGGAAGCUAAGAGCUUCCAAAUUUACUAAAAGACUGAAAAGGCUGAAAAGUUCUUGACGCGCAUCAAACAUCUCGAUGUGGAGGCAGAUGUGGUGAUGGCGUAUUUUGACGUGAUCUCUUUGUUCAUCUCCAUCCCACCCGCGCUGGCUAUCGACACAAUUGACGGUUUUCCCCGGGAAAAGUAUGAUGAGACCGACCAACAGCUCAAACGAGCACACACCAUCGAACUCCUAAAACUGCGUCUUAAGACAUUCUUCACAUUCAACGGCCAACUCUACGAGCAAAAGUUGGAGUCAACGAUGGGCUCGCCUCCGUCUAGACUAAUUGCCGAAGCUGCUUUGACAAGGCUCGAGCAGCUGGUCCUCAGCUCUUACCCCCCAAAGUUCUAGGCCAGAUACGUCGAAGAAACGUCCUUUUACUCAAGCGUUGCGAGGUAAAGGCUUUCAAGGCAUUGUAAAAUGCAAUCUCUCCAGACAUUCAGUUUACUGUGAAAGAGGAAGUCAACAAUCAAUUGUCCUUCCAGGACGUAUAAGUUAUGCAAUCGCAGACGGGACGAUAAGAACAACGGUUUACCUUAAGGAAACAAAUACUAGGCGUAUCCCAUACUUCUGAAGCAACGCUCCUGUUAGUGAUAAACGCAGUUGUGUCAGAGCUCUCUUUCAACGCGUUCGAACACACUGUACCGACGACAGUGGGAAGAAGGGGGAGGGGAAUUACUUGCAGGCCCUUUUUAAAGCCAGCGGCCACCCAAAGUCCAAUAUACGCAAUUGCAUCAAAAAGCCUCAUUUUGAACGGUCGAGAGGAGAAAAGCCCAAGUUCUGACUCUCAAUAAUAUAUGUGAAGAACGUAUCAGAGACGACGGCGAGAAUCCUGAAACCUUUUAGGAUUGGCGUGGCUCAUAAACCAGAAUGCACCAUCGGACAGCAAAUCAUGAAGCCCAAAGACCCGCUUUCAACAACAGAACGGUCAGAUGUGGUCUACAGCAUACCAUGCCUAAAUUGCAAUACGAGGUAUGUUGGUGAAACAGGCUAACGCCUCGGUACACGAUUGCACGCACAUCAACUUGCAACAAACCGCAAGGACAAGCUGUCUUCGGUCUAUGGUCACAUACGAGAGCUGAACUACGGUUUUGCCUUUGAGAAAGCGAGGCCAAUUGUUCGAGCAAAUGAGAAGAUGGCCAGACUGGUGCUCGAAAGUUGGUCCUCGGCUGGUACACUCAACCGAGCUAUAGAUCUACACCCCGCCUACCAGACGCUGCGUACAAGGCUCGGAUCAGUCCGUACAGGACCAGUAAGGCAGGCGAGCACGCGGGACCGAGAGUCAACGCUCACGGAAAAGAGCGGAAUUGGGGGCUAGACGUCACGUGUCCAAAGCCGAACACUGCCUCACCGACGUGCCCGCGAAGCUGAAUGCUGCUCACCUGAACAGCAACGACCGAUCAGUCCAGCGGCUGACGUGGGAGAGGCCAAGCAGCACGUUGAUUUGACCACAAUUUCGCCGACCCCAAAGUGAACAAAGGCCACGCAGGCCUGUCAGCGGUCAGCCCCGGGGAGGUCUAAGACAGUCAGCGGCAAACAGGCAGGUCAAAGUCCGUGCGUCCAGCACGGCUAUAAUAUGAGGCAAGCGGCAAGACUGAACAACUCAAGAUCGGCAAGUGCAAAAACUAAGCUGCUCUGAUGAUGGAAACGAGGAAGUUUCCGAAACGUCAGUUCGAAUACAAUGUGGUCCAUGAAUUCGCCCUCUCUUCUUCUUCGUCUUCUUCGGGAGAUGAUGAACGCGAUACAAUGUCUGGACCUGGAAUCUUUACGCAUAUCGAUCAAUAUAUAGGCAGAAUGAUAUUACCGACAAAGACAAGGGAGCCUGGAAUGGCCAUUUCUGGCUUAUUAGCCGUCGUCAGCCAGCCAUACCCAAGCCCGAAGUGUGGAACACAAUAUAAAUAUAUAUAUAUAUAUAUAUAUAUAUAUAGAUCAGUUUGUAUGCACUCCAAGUGGAUAUAAUUUAAAAAUAGAAUGCGCUCUCCGGAAAAGUGGAACACAUGAACCUCUGUUAGUUAGAAGUCCACGCCUCUAACCACUGAGCCACGAGCCGUUGCCCUGUCGCUUUCGAUCAGGAAUAUAAAAUGUUAGAGGAGGCGCUCACCGAUCGUUCUUACGGAACUCACUCGUUCCGUUGUACCUUAUGGGCUCUCUCUCGAGCCCAACUACCACCCUCGGGUGAUGGGUAUGACUGCGUUGGGUAUGACUGGCUGGAGACGGCUAAUAAGCCUGAAAUGGCCAUUUCCGCCUCCCCUGUCUUUGUGGGUAAUGCCGUUCUACAAUCGGCUUUUACCGCCCUCUUUGUCCCCAUACAAUCACCUCACACGUCGACCUGGUCGGUCACUUGCGAAUUUAUCGCACAGAGAAUGGCGAACGAGUGCCUGAAGCACCCAUAUACACUCACCGCAUCCGCCUCAGUUACCCUCACUGCACCCGCACAUUCACACACCGCAUGGGCCUAUUAAGCCAUAGGCGCAUUCAACUGCCGCUAAACCACACCAUCACAUCUUCCCACACCUGCACCACACAACAUAAUCACCUACCACAAGCAUCCAAUUGCGACUUCCCACGCAAGUUGGAAGUGUACUUCUCGGCUACCUUUCAAUGCAGCCUUUUUGCUACAUGUGUGAUUCGAGUCAGAGGCUAUCACGGCGCGUUUAGCACUGUGGAUUGAAAGGCUACCGACUGACAUCCCAACUCAGUCCAUGCAGUCAGUCUAUUUGAGUGCGCGUUUGUGGCAGACGGGUGGACUGAGAACCAGGCUAAAGCGGAUCCUUCCUUGCGUGACCUACGAUACUCUCACGCAUGUGUGAUGUACGCCACUCAACCCCCGUUGUGCCAAAUCCUGGUGCUUGUGUUUGGGGGGGGGGGGGAGGUUGAGCAGGCCGUGUAUGUUGCGCGCGCAGACAUGGUUACUAGACAACGUCAGCCACCGCACCCAUUCCCUGCCCCAGUCUGCUGACCGGCUAGGAUCGUGACUGGGGCAUUGGAAUGGGAAGGAAGAGUGAGGUCGACGACUCAGCGCAUUUUCCUCACUAUAAAUAACCUAACGCAUCUGAAACUAGCAGGGUGAGCCAAAAGCCUUGGCUUGGAAGGUUGCCAACUUACGGUGUAGCAUGGACCUUGCAGGCGGCCCAGUAAUGCGUGUUUGCGUGGAGUGAUCGGCUGGUGGUCUGAGUGUCAGGCUGCAAUGGUUUCUUCCUGAUGUGUCCUUUAUGACACUACCACUCCGAGAGACCCCAGCCAAGGUGCGACUUUUGCCGCGCCAGCUCUUUUUGUUGUUGGUCAAAAUUCUGGUCCAAGGUAUGUUGUACAGUGCGUGACCGAUCUCAUAAAAUGUUGGCCGACAUUCUGAAAUGUGUUUUCGAUUAGGAAGGAUUACUUAGGUGGGGUUUUAAUACUGAUUAGCGUGCAGCAUACUCCUAUAGCAUUUCGGACUCAGCAGAAUGUCGGCGUUUGGAUGUACUCCUCUUUGACCUUCUGCAGAAACUGCGAUCAGCAAAAAAUGACUACUUAUGUAGCAUGCAUUUUUCAUAUUGAUUUCCGAUGGUUUUACAAAUUCAAGAAUAUUUUAUAGAAAACGUACACAAACAUAUGUCUUCUUACACUCGUUUGGUAGAAAAUCAACCUGUCUUCAUUUUUUAUACCCGAUGAAGGUGUAUAUUCAAGUUUUCAAAACGUUUUCCAGUUCCCGGAUAAUUUUGAGCCUGAUCUACCAUUGCAUCGGCUUUUAGCGAUUUCAGUCUACAAGGUGCAUUCUUUCCGCAUGAGGAAAUGCUAUAGGAUUAUGCCGCCGCAAGCUAAUCAAUUUUGCACUGCCACCUAAGUAGCCCUUCCUAAUCGAAAACAAAUUUCAGAAUUUCGGCCAACAUUUCAUGAAAUCGGUUACGCACUGUAGAAGAGUGGGAUGUGGAGUGGAGCGCCUAGGUGCAGCCUCGACCGUGCCAUCCACCUGCGUCCUCCGCGUCUCCGGUCUUCCUGGCUUUGUCUUGACACCGAGUCCAGGUGGGGGAGGGGAGGGUGCUGCAUAUGCUUUGCAAGUCUACAUUCACUAUAACCCGAAUCACACGCAAGUCACCCUGCCUACCCUCACCUUGAUGUGGAGCGCGCGGUGGACAUCGUCGCCAACGACGAUCGAAUUGUCCAAGGCAAAAGGCGGUGGUCUUAAUAGGGGAAGGGGUUGGACAGCAUUUAGGUCAAAUUCCCUAUUAUUACUGGUUGCCACGUGCUGACGACUGACCUCGGCAUCCUAGGUGACGCAGUUCGGGAAUACGUGCGCACUAAAAUCUUUAACAUUAGAAAAGUUAUUUGACUUCAACGGAGACAAGAGAGGGGACUGGCGGAUCAUGGACAAGCUCAGUUACUCGACCAUCCACUGUCUGCACGAAUGUCAGCAGUGUUCAUGCGGCAAGACCUCGUUGAUUACUGGGUUGGGACAGACGUCCUGCAGCACUUGCGAUGAAUGUUAUCUUUGCAUGUUUUUUUUUAAAAAGUCGAGUUCGGCAAACGUAUGCUCUCGUUUAUUCAUCAUCGGGCCUGUACAAAGGAAUUAUUUGUCUUUGUAUUUUAUUGUAUUUUAGGGUAAUAGGCAAUGCCCUUGAUGACCCUAUUGAAAACGGUACAUAAAAUAUAGAUGUUAAAUAUACAUGUUACUAAAACUUUGUCAGUAACAUAUUUGUUCACGGAAAACUUUAACAGGCGGGACUGCAAAGGGUGCGGCAGGCGGUCUUCUCAGUGUAUACAUGAAAUUUUAAGUGCAGUUAUAUACAAUCAGCAUAAAGUGCUGUCAUUUGCAUACUUUAAGAGGGGGCAUCUCAUUAAGAGUCAGGGAUGUGUUAGGUAGGGAUGAAAUCAAGAAAUGAAAUUUAUGGCUGGCCGCAGAUAGUCCUGUUGUGAAAGUCGUCGUUUAUCAAAUAUCAAACGAUCCAGCUGCCUUUUGAAUACAGCGAUCGUAUCAGAUGUCACUAUUUCACACGCUGGCUGAAGGAAAACUUCCGAUUGUCUAGGCGUGUACGCUCCCGCUUGACUUUGUAAGGGUGACCGCGCAGCUGACUCGUCGACGUGAAUUCAAAGAAGUCAUCAGUUUUGAACGAACAUUCAUGCCCGUGGAUAAUGCGGAAUGUCCAUAACAGGUCACACCUCAUUCUUCUAUAGGAUAGGGGGAACAAAUUUAUCUGGAUCAGUCUUUCUGGGUAUGACAGAGUCCUGAGACCGUCCACCAGUUUUUUGGCCCGUCGUUGCACCUGCUCUAUGGCAUCACUGUCUUUCUUCAUCCAGGGCAUCCAUGAUGGUAUUCCGUAUUCCAAGUGCGAUCUGACGAAUGCGCCGAAUAUCUGUAAGAAGAGUUCUGGAGGAAAGAUUUUGAAGGCACGCCUAAUCCAGUGCAUGAUGCUGGUUGCCUUUUGGACGACUCUUUUGCAGUGCUGAGAGGGCAGCAAGUUUGAGCAUGUCCAGACACCUAGGUCUUUGUGCGUGUCCACUUCAUUUAGUGGAACCCCAUUUAUGGUGUACUGAUGUUUUAGGAAGCGCCUCCGUCCAGAUUCUAGUCGCAAGACUACACACGUGGAUACGUUAAACGCUAGAAGCCACUUGCUGGACCACGCAGUCAGCUUAUUAACAUCUACCUGUAGCUUUUGCGCAUCUUCAACGCAGCUGAUUGUUUCCCAGAUCUUUAUAUCAUCCGCAAACAUGAUGCCAUCGCAUUCAAGGUCUGCAGGACAGUCAUUUAUAUAGAUGAGGAAGAGGACAGGACCCAAGACUGAGCCCUGCGGUACGCCGCUUUUUAUCAGCACCCAUUCGGAUGUAGUGGCACCAGCGAUGACUUUUUGAAGCCUGCAUGACAGGAAACUUUUAAUCCAAUUAAAAAUGCUGCCCUGUAUUCCACACUCCCAAAUCGUCUGUAGGAGUCGUCCAUGAGUAACGCUAUCAAACGCCUUCUUAAAGUCAAAGAAGAUGACGUCCACUGGACGGCCCUGGCCUAUGGCUCUUGUCCACUUUUCCUGAGAGUAAAGACUGCUUGUAAGACAGGAGUGACCACGACGAAAUCCGUGCUGAGCAGCACAUAACAGGUCCCUCUGCUCCAGAUACGACAUUAAAUGCCCUUUAAUAAGUCGUUCCAUUACCUUGCAUAGAAUGCAGGUUAAACUAAUAGGAUGGUAGUUAUCGGGUUCCAGUCUGGAUCGAAGUCUAUGAGCCUCACGUUUACACGCAUUCCGCUGUCGCUUGUAUUCCGCCAGGACUUCAGGACUUUCUGUUUGUCGAUAGAGUCUCCACACUUUAUUUCUCCUCUUAAACGCGGUUUGAAGUCUCCGGUUUAUCCACGGCAGACGGUUGCUAGUUUUCUUUCGUCUGAGUGGACAGUUCAGAUCAACGAUUCUUUUGACCAGUGAGCUGAACGUGCUCCAAUAGUCAUUAACUGUUCCUUGUAAUGUGGUUGUCCACGGUAUUGCUGCGGCUUGCGUUCGCAUGCUAGAAAAAUCCUCCUUCCAGAUAUUUGCCUGUAGUUGUUCAGUGAAUUAGGCUGGGAGAACAUGGAAUACUCGAAGAGCAUCACAAUAUGAUCACUAGCACCAAUUGGCGGGAGAUCUUGUAUAUCCAGCACACUCUCCUCAUCUCGAGUGAGCACCAGAUCGAGGCAAUUUGAACGUUGCCCUUCCCUAACACGUGUUCCGAGAGUUACAUUCUGGAAAAGUAGUUUUUCUGCUGCCAAUUCAAGCAAAUGUUGUCCGAAUGUGUUCGAUGGACCCGCAACCGUCCAAGCUUGCCAGUCGAUAUUGGGGGCGUUAAAGUCCCCUACAAUAAGGACGUCUCUUUUCGAGCAGGUCUUGCUCAGUUCCCUUAGGAGAAGGCUAUCGUGUUCGGAAAUCUGGUUUAGGGGGCGAUACACAACUGCAAACGCCAGCGGCCUGGCAUAUUUGUUGGAGAUAGUUAAAGAUAGGAAUUCGACUUCCGCUAUUGUUGUUGGAUUAUGCUCGGGGACCGCGGUUAGGUUGUAGCUAACAUAGACAGCGACCCAUCCUCCUCGGCUUCUCCUGUCUCUUCUGAACAGUUGAUAGCCUCUGAGGGAUACCUCAUGGUCUCCAAUAGCUUCAGAGAGCCAUGUUUCUGUCAAGGCGAUGAUAUCUGGCGUGUGCUCGUCGAUCAGAGUCCUGAGUUCAUCCAUCUUGUUAAACAGGCUCUGCACAUUCGAAUACAGCACCUUUAGUGUCCGUCUUCUCGGGGGAAACUGGCCCUGAUUACAAAGGGGGUUAGCCACAGGAACGAUCGUUUGAUCUGUAUUAUCUUGCCUUCCUUUAUUUUCAACCCCUUCUCCCCCUCUUCUGUCCACAGCUCCCCCAUCUUGUGUCUUUCUGUCGGUUCGUAAUCCGGCUGAAAAAGCACUUCCUUAUGCGAAUGACGAAGGGCCAUCCUCCCUUUGUUGAGGCUUGUACCUUUUUUCAUUAUUACCUGUAUUCUAUAAAUAAUAACGUAUGCAGGCCGAAAUCUGUUUUGGCUUAUACCCGUGACUUCAUUUACCACGAAUUCCACAGUACUCAACAAUGGACCACAAAUUGGAGGAAAUUAGUUGCAUCAAAUGCCGACACGUUCGAUGAAGAAUGAAUCAGACGGUACGCAACAGUCUCUCGGACUAGACAAACCAGGUGCCUCCCGCGCUUGUAAGAACGUUUCUAUUAGUAAUCGUUUUAUCUAUUUGGUCGAAUUUUGAAAUUCUUCACGCCCUCCUCGCAACUGCUUCCACACUUAGCCCCUGUUGACAUUCCCCUUCUCCCUUUUUGUAGCUCUUUUCAAAACGUGAUCGGCGUUCUUUUAAUUAACUCGUUUUGUAUUCUAACCUUGAGCUGGGAAUUCGAUUUGCUCGAACAGUAACAAAGGAAUGCCUUGUCUAGGGUAUCCAUUUUUGAGGGUUGUAAGUUUUUUAUUAUUACCUUAUUUUAUCAAUAGUACCGUAUAUACACCGAAAUGUGUUUUGGCCUAUACGCGUCACUCAGUUUACAAAGAAUUCUAAACUGGGUUUGUCUUUGCGCAGGGGAACCUUAGAACCUGUACAAACGCACAAUGUUGGGUUGGUUAGCCAUAUGGCUAGUGUCUAUGUCGUCGCAAUUGUCCGCUGACGCAGUAACGAGGAGUUUCUUGCCGAAAUUAUAUAGAUGAGUCGGUUAACGUCUACCCGAUGGCCACUGUCAACCAAGUGAUCCACAGUUGCGCUAGAAAUGGACUUUCUCCCACCUUGGUUCAGCCACGCAGGAUGGAUAGGAGCCUAGCUGUUCGAUCAAUUUAACCUGCCCCACAGAAAAAAAUGGAGACGUAGAUGCACACUGAAGAGUUCCGAAGGGCAGUCUAUUCCUACCUUCAAGGAGAAGAAGCGGAGUGCUUGUAAGAACCGGUCUUGUCUUAGCGGCUGGGUACGUGCGCGCGAUUGCAGCGUUUAAGCUAUGAUGUAGGAGUUAGCUCGGCGGAUCCUCUGAAAACGGCAGUGUGUGAAAUAACUCCUCCUCAGCUGUCGAAAAAUCAGAUGUUGGAGGACGUUCUUCCGUAUUGAAGCCAAAAAAGGCUAGAAGACACAUGGGAAAACAGAAAUCGAUAUAAAAAAGAUGUAAGCACAGAGUAAAAAUAAAACAGACGCAUCGAACAACUACCAAAAAACAAUAGUCUACAGCACAAAAGGCACUAAGGAAAAAACUAAACGAAGAAAGGCAAAAUUCCGGACAGGCAGGAAGCACAGUCCGCCUCUUAGUACGGCAUUCCUUAAUAUGUAGAUGCGUCAAUCGCAGGGCAUAGAUCAUGAAGUAGGCAUUUAAUGUACCUGUCGGAGGACGGAAUGUUAGCUUUCCGUUUCUUUAGGUGGAAGCAGGCAUAGGCUAUGCCUCGGAAAGUUUACCUUUACUCAGACUGUAAUUGUCUGCAGACAGACAGCGAGAGAGAGAGAGAGAGAGAGAGAGAUGAGCGGGGUAUAGAUAUGAUAGUGGUGUGUUCACAUUAGGACCUGUGAGAUUAGUGUGCAGGCAGAGCAUUUUGGAAGGCAAGCAGCAAUCCUCAUGAUGGUUUCCCUGCAAUUUUGUACUUUGCAGAAAGCCUACCUUGACGAUCAAUCUACGUCUUCAUUUCCCGCUUCGACAUCUAACGUCUUUUUUUCUGAUUUAUUUUCUACUUAUUUUUUUUUCGCUUGUAUUCUUCUCCCACUUUAUUCUUUUAUAUUGUUCUUCGUUAUCUAAUUCAAAAAAUAUUGUAUUUUCGCUUAGUCUUCGAGUUUUCUGCUUUUUUCCUUUUUGACCUAGUCUAUAUUCAGUCAGAUUUUAGAGCGUACCUACGCAUCCUGUGUAUCAGAAUUGAACGUAACUGUUACCGCAUUGCAUCAGACGAAAUUUUGGGGUUAAGCUUACAGAUGGCCGGGCGAUACCAUAUUAAACGUCUAUACUUAUUGAUUGAUCCCCAUAAUACUGGCUCAGCUUUCUUUAAUCUCUAUGGGAUUUUUGUACGUCGGUGGUCUUCGGUCGUAACUAAUUGGAUGCAUCGUUCUGUCUAAUGCACUAUGAACAGGUCGCUUUUGUUUACGUGAACUCCCAUGAAUGUCUGAUUAAUCAGCAAAUGUCUGACCUGACAAAGGAUGCCAACAUCCUCAACAUUGUCCUAGGCUUCAGGGACACAUACUUAAAAUCCGAUGACGCAGAUCUCGUUGGCAAAUAAAUUGCCGAUCUUCUACAGCCAACAAGCCAACCUCCUCUCCCCUGUGCAGAUUUAGUUCUGUGAUCAUGCAGUCAUAAGUGGUGAAACCCUAGAUUUGGGUUCAUUCAAACAUGGACAUCUAAAAGUGAAAGGAGAAUACCUUCCCCAAGCCAAGUCCUACUUGGUGACCCAGAAAGCGCCAAGUAUACGGGCAAAUUAGUUUUCGGACUGAGAUUCAAACAGCGACGACGACGACGUUGUGUAUUUGAGAUGCGCUCAAUGUGAGUGCGCAACUACUCCAAAGAUGGCACAAUUCCUACAAAAUCACAAACACUCAUCUGUUGUAAUACAAGGGCAUCGUGGCGAUAUGCUUACGGUUAGGUAUAUGUCAAGCUAGUGGCUGUUUUUCAAUUAUGUUGAAAGUACGUGCAGAUAACGCGGAAACAAUAUGCAGGAUUGACAUAGGAAAACAAGGAAGUAACGUCUAAUACUAGGCCUGAAAGUACAUCUGUUUCCUACCGCCUCCGUAAGCUCCGUAAAUGCGUCAAAACUGCGGAGCACAGCCGAUUGAACUGUGCGGAGGUAAAAUGUGAAACUUUAAGCCAAUAUAUUUCUUGUUCCAACAAUCUUAUCUUCGUCUUCCAAAACGCAUACCUUUUCGUAGACUAUAAUGGGUUUGUUUCACGCGCCUGGAAAGGUCUCCCGUUGAUCCUGGUUUGUCAAUUCAUGUUUUAGAAUAAAUUCCUGAUGGGAAGACAACGAAUUUUAGAGUAAGCAGGUCUCGGACAAUUUUUUCAACAGGUGUGGAUGUGUCGAAUGCUACUUAGGCAGUACUUCGUACUGUGGUAAUUUGAGGGACAAUUAGUGAUCUACCUAACCAGAUGUGGCAGAUAUAGUGUGAGAUUUCGACGAUUAUUUAGUGUUCAACAAAUGCCAUCAGUGAUAGAGGGACGCUCACCGAUCGUUCUUACAGAACUCACACUUUCCUAUGUGUCUUACAGGCCCUCUUUCGAGUCCUACCAAAAGCCGCACAGCCGCGCAUGGUAUGUUCAGAUAAUAAUUCCUGGCAAAUUUAUGCCAUAAGUGUCAGUGCUUAUUUCAGAGUAAUGACCGCUGAUGAUCGUAAGCGAGCAUUAAUAUCAAGCUUAUGAGUUCCAAAGAUCCACUAUCGAGAACGGGACAAUUAUAAGUGGUCUACACCAUACCAUUCCAAACCUACAGCUCGAAGUAUGAUGGUGGAGCAGUAAAUUCCUCUGCAUACGACUGCAUGAACACCAAUAUGCAUUCAACCGCGAGGAUAGACUGUCACCAGUAUAUGGGCACAUACAGCAGGAGAAGCACAGUUUCGCCUUCGGGAAAUCAAGCGCCAUCGUCCGAACCAAUAACAAAAUGAUCAGACUGGUGUUCGAAAGUUGGUCCUCGGUUGGCAAAAUCAACAGAACCAGGGAUCUUCAUUCGGCGUACCAGGUGCUACGUAGACGACUCUAGCCCAUCGAAAUAGGGCCGACAGCACAGGCGAACAAGUCGCGACUCCUACAACAGUUGCCACCUUCACAGCAGGAUGAGAGCGUCGGCCGGAGGUGAGGCGUGAGGCGAGGGCCCAAGAACACACGGACGUUGCUGCGACUACGACAGCCGGACAGGGGGCAGAGGUCACACGAGUGUGCCAGUGGUUGGCCACGAAGAGACCAACGAUAAUCAUCAGCCAUAAAGCAGAGCAGCGUUUGUGCGUCCGGCAUGCCUAUAACCCAAGACAGGCUGAGAGACAGAAGGAAUCUAGGCUGGCAGGAACAGACACUCCAUUAUUCUAAUAAUGCAAUAAGGAAUCUUCGGAAACGUCAACAAAAAAUACAGCGCGGCCAUUGAAAUCGUCUCUUUUUCAUCUUCAUCAUCACUUAGUGAAAAUGAAUGGGAUAAUUAAUGCGAAACACUAUUGAUAUGUUUAAUUACGCAUAUAUAUAGGCUUGUAACAAUUAUCUAGGUUUGGAGUACGGUAUAAUAACUUUACCAUAUGAAAUUCAUACUACUUGUAGUACUACUUGUUUGUAGAAUGGUCAUUACGUGGUUAUUCCACAGUAGUUGAUUGUCUUCGACUCAAAUGUUCAUUGAAAUUUCGGUUCUGACCCUAAAAAGUCAUGUCCCGGAGAUUUAACGCCAAUUUCUGCACUGAUUAAUUUCUGAAAUUAUUCACCUGAUUAUUCUCUGGAGUUCAUAUACCGGAAACCGCUAGAGAACGCUGGGGGUUCCACUGAAGAGCCGAACCCCUCGCAGCUGUGUUACGCAGCGGCAGAAUAUCGGCCAAAACCGCAUCUGGGCUUUAAGCAAGUAUAUAUGUCGGGAGUACGUUAUAAUACUUUUAACAUAUAUAUAUAUAUUUCGAAGAAGAAUGAGUCCUUUGGGGAAAUGAACAAACUUUAUUUCGUAAAUUUUCGAGUCUGGUUCCCCAGCUCGUCUUCAGACGUGUAGUAAGUGUGAAGAAACAGUCAAAAUUUAAACACUGCCGAAAAAAUCGAUAUUGCUCUGUCAUGGCUGAGGAUGUGUUAAUGCUCUGGGCUGAUGUCACGCCUUGAUUGGCUAUUGCCUUUUCCAUUUUUCUUUGAGAUUUGUGUACAUCGUAUCAAGGUCGAUGCGUCGAUUGAUGCAUGAAUCAUCAGAGUGAAUGGCCUCUAGGAAUUCUCGGCCUUUCUUAUAUGGGCAGGAACCGACAAUGCGUGUUUUAUCCCAAGCGAAUUUGUGCCCAGUUUCAAGAGUAUGCAUGGCGACUUGGGAUAAGUGGUCCCGCCUCUUCACUGCCAAUUGGUGUUCAUGUAGGCGUGUAGAGGCGGAUUUUCGGGUUUGACCACAAUACACUGCAUUACAAGUGCCAUGUGCGUCGGUUCUUUUCUGUAAAUGCAAUUGCUAUUUGGAAUAAACUACCCAUGAGUGCGAGAACUCUGCAAAAUUAUCCUUUAUUUAAGAGAACUAUUACUCGAUGUUUGCAUUCAGAAAAGCUCCCACAAACUUUGGGUGCUGAAUCUACUGAUCGACUGUACCGUAGCGAUGGCGUUUGUGGUCUCUGAACAUUAUGGACGGUCUCACCAGCUGUUCCUCAACGCCUCUACUUUGACUAUCCCCAACUUCAUGAAAGGAAUUUGAGGUCCGAUGAUCUCCGAUACCGUGCAACCUCCCCCCUUCUUGACGGUCGAUAUUCUCCCACCGCCGGCAGUUUUUUCUCCUGAGCCCUCCAAACCACAAAUACCAACAUCAUCUUUAUUUUUAUCCCUUAAGAUCAGGAGUUUUUUUUGCUGCCGGUCGGAUUUAUGUUUAAUCGCUCCCCUUGACAAUGCCUGUAAACUGGCAUUAAAUAAAAAUGUAUUUAUUUAUUUAUCAAACGCCAUGUCGUCUUGGACGCUCACUACGAAGGCCUACGUCCACGGUUCGACGGCUUGCGCACACCCUAAGACACCAAAUGCUAAUCCAUAUUCGGCCAUAUAGGAUAUCACGGAUUCAGCACCUCCCCCACAGAGUGAAGCCUGUGUGAAACUCUCAACACCUCCCCUUACAUCCGCCACCUAUACAAACACGUUUCUCACCCCCACACAUAAACGUCUGUCUUGUCGAUAUAACAUCGAUGUCUCCCUAGCUUCCCAGUGCGAUAAUCUACCUAAACGACUUGAAAAUUCACGAUAUAUUUAUAUGGGCAGAAUGAUAUAACGACAAAGACAAGGGAGACUGGAAUGGCCAUUUCUGGCUUAUUAGCAGUCGUCAGCCAGCCAUACCCAGCCAGCCAUACCCAACAACAUAUAUAUAUUUAUAUUACGAUAGUGGGCUGUCACCAAUUAGGUUACGGAACAUGCUCGUUCCGUUGUGCCUUGAAGCUCAUACUACAACCCUCGCAGGCAGUCGCACAGCGACUAGUAGUAAACAUAGAUGAUAUGGUACCGACAAAGAUAUAGGAGACCGGAAUGGCCAUUUCUGGCUUAUUAGCCGUCAUCAGCCAGUCAUACCCAACCCCAAGUGUGGAUCACUUGAGAUUCGAACCCGGGAUCUUUGGUCAUGGAGUUGAACGCUCUACCAUUGAGCCACGGGCCCGUUGUCAUGUCGUUUGUUAUCGGGAAUAUUAAUUUUGACAGUGGGCUCUCGCCGAUCUGGUUACGGAACAUGCUCGUUCCGUUGUGCCUUGGGGCUCAUACGAGAACCCUCGCAGGCAGUCGCCCAGCGACUAGUAGUACACAUAGAAGAUAUGGUACCGACAAAGACAAGGGAGACCGGAAUGGCCAUUUCUGGCUUAUUAGCCGUCAUCAGCCAGUCAUACCCAACCCCAAGUGUUAUCGGCCGGACCCGCAUCAUAGCGUGCCAACAAACCGCCCUGGUCCAAAACACACAUAAAUAACCAAGAUUUUUCAUAAGUAACAACACGCCAAAAGGGGUCAGAAGGACGAGAAUGAUGACUGGGCAAUCAUGCCCACCACCUGUAUACCCAGCAUGCGCAUCUGCCUCCUUCUUAAUGUAGUCUCCCUGGCACCUGCAGUCUGUGGGAUCCAAACCGUCCACCUCCCCAUUUGCUGAGUUAAAUGCUGGUCUGUGUAGGGUGGUGCGGUUCUACGCCACUACGAUUUUAACUAACGCGCAAGUCACCGACCCUAUUUCCCCUGGUGUAGGAGCACAAGGAUGACAGCGUCGACAACGCUGGUUCAACUUUCAUGUGUCUCGGGGAAGAUUAGUUACACGCUUUAUUCCCACGCCGAAUACACGACGAAGUCAGGGUCUUAAGGACGUUGGAGCUGGGGGAAUGGUCGAGGUUGGGCGUGAUUGUUCUCAGGACACUGGGCAGCGUGCAAUCACAAACUGGGUUCGGCCAGGCGACAGACUGUCUUCUGGUAAUUCAAAGUUGGAUUUGCUGACCGAAUCCUAAUCAUUCGGCUGCUGCUAGCAUCCGUUUGGGUAGGACUUUAGAAUACUUUGUGACUUGGCAAGGGCAUGAUAUGUAACACUCUCAGCCACAUAGCUUCAUAGUGCAUGAUUAAAUCGCAGGGUGUCUGCAAUACGACGAUGAUGCAACUAACUCCAGCACACCUGGUUAGAUUGGGUGUGGUUUAAAGCAAUUACCAUGAUGAAACUGACGUGUGCUUACGUGGAACCAGUCAAACUCGUUACGACGAAAUCACAUCUCCCCAGCAGGUACGAUGCGUGACGCAAAUGAGCGUUGACAGCAAUGACAGGAAGGUGCUGUUUCCGCUGAGUGCCUGGGGCAGUUGCUACCAGCGAUGACGACAGUGAUCUUUGCGGCGACUUCGUGUGCUCGAGGUUGAUACUGAGGGGAAUCCACUUUUCAGUAAUGUGUAUAUAGCCGAAGAAAGUUGCUCUUAGAUGUUCACCGGAGGCCCUCCGUGUCCCAAAUGUGCGUUAACAGUCACUCUACUUGAUUGUUUGAAAUUGAAGGUCCUAGGUGACCUUUUGCCGGAAGGCGCGUAAUCGGACAAUGGGGUUCCGUUUUGAUAUGUAAUUGGUUGCGAAGGAGGUCCGGUAAGAUCGCAGUUGGUAGGCAGGCACUGUACGUUGAUACCGUUGACGUGCUUACUUGUUAUCAGUGGGUGUGUUUACCUUGCCGAGGGAACUUGCUAUCCGUAGGUGUGCUUCUACUGCGUGAGGUAUGUCGGCCGUUUUGGUCAGGUUUUUGGGUUUAGUGAGGGUUAUGGUUAGGCGUAUGUUAUGCUUUAGGGUUAGGAACUGCGUUAUAGGGUCCGGCUUCUGUGUUAUGUUAAGGGUUUAGGUUUAAGAUUAUGCUUUGUAUUUUGGGUUGGGUUUCGGCUUCGGGGUUAGGGUUACCGGUUAACGAUGAGUGGUUAACGGUUAAGAUUAGGGUAAGGGUUAAGGUUAAGUUUAGGUUUAGGGUUAAGGUCAGGACUAUGGUUAGUGCAAGGGUUAGGGUUAAGAUUAGGGUUAAGGUAAGUGUUAUCCUAUCGCCAGUUACCUCUUUCAUCUACCGCAGGCUGUGCUAGUUUCCGCGCGAUUUUUUUUAAGUUUCUGCCAUUACUUUACCUUCCAAGAAGUUCCAAAGAUUUUUUGUUUAAUUUUUUUCCCCGAAACUCUAGAAUUCCUCAAGCAACAAUUUAUGUUACCCCACCUGCAUACCCAGUCUUAUUCGUUUGUGUUAAUUGAUCUAUUCCUAUGAGGUUGUCUUUACAGUACGCUAGCACCUUUUUAAAGGAGCUUAAACCCUGCGACAUUUCUGCAUCGAUUUUUCCGCCUCCUGAUCAUGACUCUAGUGGUUGCACUUUGCGGCCAAUUUGUCGUUUCUGCGAUUGUCCUGCGUUGGCGUUCUCACGCUCCCAAACGCAACAAACUCACCGUGCCAGCAGCAGUUACACUCUGACAGCUUGCCCUGUUUCUCGUCCUUCCUCGCUGGCCUUCCCACGCUCGUAUCAGCAAAGGCCAAUUUUUCGAAAGCAACAUCGCUGUGGAUGGCAAGUUGCGCUUAAACGCCAGCCUAAAAACAAGUUGCAAAUCGCGGGUUUUCCUUCGACUAACUGUCGAUCGAUAUUUAACAAAGCCCAUGAUUUGGAAUUACUUCUGUCAACCAUAGAACAUGGCAAAACGGGAGUAAUUUGCCUUUAGGAGACGUGGUUGAAUAGCGAUAUUGACUCGGAACUUAUCACUCCUUCGACAUUUUGUUGUUUUCGAAAUUAUAGAGCAUCUCCAAUAGGCAGUAGAGGUGGAGGAGUGGCCAUUUUUUCAAUCAAGACUAGUGUUUUAAUUGUAAGCCCCUGUUUUCAUAUUCUGGUGAUUUAAUUGAUGUAAUUGCUGUUAUCUGUAAGCCCCAUUUGUUAAAAACCUUUAAGGGUAUUAUAGUUGUCAGUAUUUACAUCCCCUCUUCCACAAACGAAGGCUCUCUGGGCCGCUUUUUUGACUUCCUCACACAAAAACUUGCUUCAUUAUCCUCAGACCAUCUUAUUCUUUUGUGCGGUGAUUUUAACCGUGUGAGUUUUCGGCCCAUUACUCUUAUGGGUUUUGAUGACGUUGUUUCAUUCAAUACACGGGCUGAUGCCCCUAUUGAUCACAUCUUGACCAAUUACCCAAAGCUUUUUUGUAUUAAAAAUAGAGCUCUACUCUCCGAGUCUGAUCACUCAGGGCUACUAGGACUUCCAAAAGUCUAUUCCACCUCAAAGCGUCAACUGCUUACAAAACCCGAGAAAAAAAUUACUGUUCGCGACACAUCCGUAGAUAAGAUUCACUUACUGCAGAGUUCAAUUACUAGAACCAUUCCAACAUUUCUAGCACUACCAAAUGCCGCAUUAUGCUCUAAUUAUCUUACGCUAUUUUUUAAUCACAUUUUUGAUAUUUGUUGUCCCCAUGAAAGUGUUACGGUCAGGCCUGACAGAAUCUCCUCACCAUACCUCAAACACUUAAGACGUCGCAAAGAAGCCUUCCACAAACUAGGUCAGCGGGACAAGGUGAAGAAUAUCAAUGUUUUAAUAAAGAACAAAAUUGCCAGACUUAACGGUUUAUUCGUUAGUCAACUUUUUUCUACUUCAUCCACCCCCUCCUCUCCUUUUCCUUCUGCUGAACUGUGGAGGAAUCUUAAGCGUCUCACUGGUCAACGUAAUAUACUUGAACCCAUUGACGUAGAUUUAAACUCUUUAAAUCAGAAUUUUAUCUGUUCUUCUAACGACUCCCCUUCUCGCCCAAACGAAAUUUACAUAUAACCAUGUGACUUUACUCCUGUGACUGUGACAACAGUGGAACAACAUCUCAAAAAGAUUCGCGGGUCGACGGCGGCUGGGCCGGACGGUGUCUCUCCUUUUCUCAUUAAGUCUUGCUGUUCGCAGAUAGCUCCCGUCUUGCCCCACCUUAUAAAUCUAUCCUUCAUAGAGUCCAAGAUUCCUGAAGCCUGGCGUACAGUAAGAAUUACUUCAAUCCCUAAAAAAUCUUUAACUUUUGCUCCUAAGUCUUUACGUCCUAUUACCUGCUCUUCUGCACUCCUGAAACUUACUGAACGAGUUGCAUUAGAUUCCCUUCAGUACUCCUCCGUCAAUUUUUCUGAUCCUCUACAAUUUGCAUACAAGGCAAAGAGUAGCACCUUGGAUGCUGUUGAUUUAGUUGUUCAUUCAGCUUUGAGAGACUUAAACCAAGGGAUGACGUGCAUAUGCAUGUGCUUUUCUCGACUACUCAUCCGCCUUCAACACUAUUCCGCGCCAACUCCUCCUGACCAAAGCAGCUGCGUGUGACACUCCGAGCUGGGUUGUCUCUUGGCUUAGAGAUUAUUUUUCCUCCCGCACUCGGUUUUUCCAGUCGGGAAAGAGAAAAUCUUCUAUUCUUCCAAAUAAUUGUGGAGUUCUACAAGGUUCCAUCUUAUCCCCUCGUCUUUUCUCCCUAAAUACUGAUGAUUUGAGAUCGCCAAACGACUGCCUGUAUGUUAAGUAUGCCGAUGACAUGGUCGUAGGCCACCCACUCAAAAAACCUGACUCAUUUGCAGUCUUUAAAGGAUAUCUAAGAUCACGUCUCCGCAUGGUCUACAAAUAAUGGACUCCUACUCAACAAUCAGAAAUCAGUACAAUGUGUGUUUCGAUUGCGACCCUCUCCCAUUCCUAAACCUUCGGAUAUUCUUCCCAAUUAGGUUUCUUCUUUCCGGUACCUAGGUGUUACAUUAUCCUCAAAUCUCUCUUUCUAUCUUCAUAUGGAAACCAUUUUAACAAAAAUUCAAAAACUCAUUUAUUACAUUCGUCGUCUACGUUCAUAUCACACACCCCAGUCCUUAAUCUGGCGAUUCAUAGAUGGCUGUAUUCUUCCACUCAUUUUAUAUUGUUCUUCAGUUAUUUUUCCAGCUUUACUUAAAAGAGAUCUAAUUAUUUUUAAACGUGUCAUUCGAAUGCUCGCAUCUGCUGCUGGUGUUUCCGAUCAUAUUUUAGUUGAUAUCACCGUGCAGCGACACUUCAACUCGGUGGAGCAAUUCGCGGACCGAAUUCUGAAUGACACCAUCUAUUCCCUUCAUCAUGAGUUAAUGGCUGCGAAAUCCUUACUCCCCAUGCGUCGAUGCUUCCGCCACAUCCCUUACCGCACUUCGGCCUAUCGGAAUUCCAUACUGCCAUUUCUAGCCCGGUACCUCACCCGCAAAGAUGUUGAAAAACAAAAACUAAAACUCGAUCUUGCACCUUAAAGUCCUUUUUUCUUCAUAUAUAAUCAUGUCCACCUGUCCAAUACCUGUUAAUCUCUAUGGUAAUCACUGUGUACAGGAGAACCGUUUUUGCUGAAGGAUUUGAAAGUUAUUUUCAAAAUAAAGCAUUCCUCUCUCUCUCCCCCACCCAUAUAAUCCCCUUUCCCACCAUUCCGGUAAGACAGGGACCCGGCCGUCUGCCUCUCCAUUCCUGGAUACCAAAUGCAAUCUAACCGGAGGCCCUUUUCAUUUUGUGUGCACAUCACAGGGUUUGGUCAUCAGAGCGUUUAGCGUACAGAAAUUGAAUAGAAACGAAAAUGUUUUUGGGAGGUUGGUCGGUUUCUGCGGAGAUGGCUGAUUACAUGCUUCUUAUCAACUCUCAUGCAACAUUUCGAUAGUUGGACUAUUGUCUUACUUAGUCUGCUGAUGAUCUAGAUGCGCAUGCUGUUUAUCAUAAGAGCAGGUCGUUUUGCCUGCAAAUGGGCCCUACAUGCUCUUACAGUGACGCGAAAAGGCGUUUUAUGUCUGCCCUCCCUCACUUACCCACUUGUCUCAAUGUCGUCGUCAUGCGAAUGACGUGGAAACGAAUGGUGUUAAUAACCUACCUGAGAUACAGUAGGUCAGACAACUCAUGAAAUGUCAGCCAAAAUUCCGAAACGCGUUUUAGUUUUGAAAAGACUAAAUAAGUAACUCUGCAAAACUAAUCACCACGUAGGAGAAUUCUACAAUACGUUAAUGACCUCAGGAUGCUGGCUUUCAAAGGAACUUUUUGCCGGCUGCAUGCAAAAAAUCUACCGUGAAAAAAUGAUUUAUUUAAUAGUAGAUAAUUUUCUUAUUGAUUUUCGAUGCGGUUGGAAAUUCAAUUGGGCAGAAUGGUAGUUGGUAGCCCUGCCCACUGAUUUUACAAUUGUACCUACUGGCCCCGUCUUCAUGAACAGCCCGGUUGUAUUUGGUUGCAGGGGUUUGGCUGAAAACCGUGACGCCUUGUAAACACCGCCAUGGCCAAUUAGCGAUUCUUUCCUGCACUUCCAGUUUAAGGCACUACGGCACCCCCCCCCUCCCCCCGGGCGCUUCGACAUUGCUGGGUUUGAACUGGGCGCACUUCACCUACGACAUCGCGCACUUACUACCUCUUGGGUUCAGACUACAACAGCAAGGCGUCUCAUACGUCAGUCAGAUCCGAAGUGUUUACCUUCCUCGCAUUUUUCACCUUGUUUAACUUAGGUUUUCACUUUAUCAGGAUCGUCAAUUCCAGGCAUUCCCUACAAGCGCCAUUUACGCAUCCACUCAUUUGCCCUACCCGUAUAGCCCCUAUUACCACCGGUCCCGGAAGUCAGGUAGCUGGGAGUUUUCGGUACCGGGAGGGCUACCAACUACCAUCUAACUAAUCAAUUGUAUUUCUUGGAAAACAUGCAUAACCCUCCCCUCUUUUGUUUAUUGAGUGGAAAAUUACGUCUUCUUUCAAGUUAGUACUCGAAUUAAGGGUGUAAUUCGGUUUUUAAAAACUGUUCCAUUUCCCGAAUGCUUUUGACCCCCAACUGCCGUUAUGCUUGCAUCCAGGAUUACCAAUCUACUAGCCGAACAAUUUUCGCUUACGGGAAUCCAUACAUUAUUCUACGGUAUUAACAGGAGGCCAUACGGAGAGCACUAACGUUAGCAGUGAAUGUAAGCCAUAUUGCUAACUUUACAAAUCACAUUGGUAGAUGCAGAAACACGAAGUUUUAUAGAAGGUAAUUAAUUGUAUUAAAAAAUCUUACAAGCCAAAUUAUACCCUUCCUUCGAAUAUAAAAUCGGAAGAAGUCGUCCUUGUCUACUAAAUGGGCAAAAGAAUAAAUAUUUUAUACAUGUUAUCUAUGAAAUAUAAAUGAAUAUCUAAGGACAUCGUAAGUCAAGGAGAAUGAUGCGUGCUACGCAAGUAGUCAUUUCUUACGGAGUAUGGGUUUGCAUGGAACUGAAAAGGAGUUCUUUUGAAAGCCAGAAUCCUGAGGUAUCUGAAUUGUUGUAGAACCACGCUGAAUGAUGAUUGGUCUUACAAGCCUAUCUAGUUAAUCUUUUCAAGACGAAAAAGCAUUUCGGAAUUUCGGUUGAAAUUUCGUGAGUUAUCCCACCUACUGUAUAUAUAAACCCCGUAAACUUCUCAUAAUUUUAAGUUAUAUUUAACUGUAUGGGCAUGAUGAUGAAUUGCUGGAAACCUGCGUCUGCUAUCGUGCUUUUUCAAAACGUUAUUUGCCAAGUAAUGAGGGGCAUUGUACUCUUCAGUCUGAAAGAGAAACACCAGUGUUUGAAGACUUGGAAGUGCGCUAACGUAUUCAGACCGCGACCAGUUCAGCCUAGAUCACUCUCCUGACCAACAUGGUCUGAAUUGCUGGGCAAAUGGUCUUCAAGUGACCUUCUGGGAUGUCGCGCAUAGUUCCCGCGGGCAGACUUGUGCUAGCACUCAAGCACAAUUCUGGAGGAAAUCACAGGCAUCAGUUAGGCUUUAAGAAUUUCUUGCCUGUUCAACAGUAAAUGUCACUUCCGACCACUGAACUCAACGUGACAGCUCCAUAGAAAAACUGCAAUAUGGUGAAUAUGCAAUUAACUGCAGCACAUGCGGUUAGAUUGGGUGUGGUUGAAAGGAAUUCACAUGAAGAACCCCCCUACCUUCCACACUUUGCACGUCAGUGGAUGAAUUACACGCACGCCACGAGUUUGACGGUCUUCCACCCCCCCCCCUUCCUUAGAGGGCCCUCGAGCCUCAUCUAUGCGGCUUCUGGUGUAAAACUUCAAAGAAUGGUCAGGCAAAUUUCAACAAGUAUACGCUGCCAUUCUCAAGUAACGUAUUCUUUCUGGAUGGACCCAAUAGCUGUUGUUUUGCAGACAGGUGCCUGUCUGCGCCUGAUUAAUCAAAUUUAAUUUAAUGGAUUUCCACUGACAGCAAUGACCUUCAAAUCUGAAAGACUUACAUCUAUAAAUCGCUGCGCAGCAUUCUGGCUCUCAGAUCUCACGAAGCCAACAGAAUGAAACACGCGAUUUUGGUUCUUCUGCUUUUCUGUAAGUUGGUGAUUAUUUGCUCAUAUGCGCCGGUAUAAGUUGGCUUUUUUUAGGUUUAAAUAGUAAGCGCCUACGUAUGACUGCAACCGGCUUCUCACACUGUUCUAAACAAAUUUUUCGUAUUUACUAUCUGCCUUAAAAUUAUGAUGCUGAAUUAUCUUAUGUUCGGAAAUAGCCAGCAAGCAUUCUGUAUAGUUUGUUAGACUCUCUUCGUGCUAGUACUUUUACAUCUCUUGGGUGGCGAGGGAUUAUAAAUAUCCUCAAUGUAAAGAGUCAUUAAUAGAUUGGAAUCAGAUUCUGAUUAAGGGUAACUAACUUAACAUACUUAUAUUUGUUUAUGUGAGAUCACAAUUGGAUGGUAGGUCAGUCCUUCGAAUUGAUCAAAAUUGCUCGAUGCUCCAUGCUUGUACCAAAGAGAAUACUCACGCAGAACACAAGGGGUGAUUAAAAGGUUUUUAGAAAGAUAGGCAUAAUUUAUCCGGUUGCACUUGCUAUCGACCGAUUGUACCACACCAGGAUCACCGAUUCCUUUCUAACUUUACAGACGCACAAAGUUUAAUACUAUUAAAGGUUUUUAGCUUUAGCUGACUCGGAGGCUGAUAUUUACCCAUCCUUGUGUAGCAUCCGUGACUUGAAAAAGUGCAGCUAACAUCAGGUUAUGGGAAACCGUUUUUACUCAUAAUUUUAGCGUAUGUCUCGUGGCAGUAUGUUUAUCGUACGAAAAUUGAACGCAGUAUUAUUUACUCAGUUUUCGCCAUUGUAUAUGCUUGGCGGCAAAACAGCAGCAUCAGAACACUGCGACACAAUUAAAAAGUGAUAAGCAACUUAACCACAAUACUUAGCACAUUACAGUCUCUACAGUAGGUGUGCUAACUCAUGAAAUGUCAACCAACAUUUAGAAAUGCGUUCUCGUUUCGAAAAGAUAAAUAAAGUAGUGUUGUAAAACUAAUCAUGAUGCAGCAUAAGCCUAUAAUGAUCCAGUUACCGCAGGGUAUCGGCUUUUGAAAGAUUUUAGUUUCGGCUGUAUGCUAGACCUAUACUCAGCCGAAUAUAAGUUCUUUCGAAAGGCGACACCCUCUCGGUAACUGUGUCAUUAUAGAUUUAUGCUGCAUCAUGAUUAGUUUUACAACACUACUUAAUUUAUAUUUUCGAAACGAGAACGCAUUUCGAAAUGUUGGCGGACAUUUCAUGAGUUAGCACAUCUACUGUAAAAUAGACAUACCUCCGGAAACAGCGACAACAGGGUGGGUACUUAUGAUACGGGCAAGACACUUGAGCAAAACAGAAGGCUUUCAGUGAUUUAAAGCGUCUUCAAAAACCUGUAAGAAUGGCAGAUGCUGGCAUAUGUCUGUGCCGUUUUGUAGAUCAGACAUAGUUCGGUAUCAAGAAAGUAUCUCUAAAAUCCGCUUACAUGCUUGAUGCCUUUGAGCUCUACGAUUUUUUAAGCUCACAAGUGAUCCUAAGGCCUAUACUGCAGUCCUGAUAAUAAGGAGCUGCUUGAAGCCAAGAUGGUACGGUAUGCCACCUAAGGGAUGAAAGGUGUCGAAAUUUACGAGUGAUUGCUAAUUAGUUGCAGCCAGCACCAAUGCAUGGAUUCAAUAUCGACAGUAAUAAAGGGCAUUUUUAAUACAACAAAAAAUACAAUUGAAAUAUUAUAGGCAAUACUGCAAUGUGUAGUAAUACGAAUUUUCUUCGCAAAGCGGAAACUUCCGAGAACGUCAUAAAUGGUUGUAGUUUAGUAAAUUUAAUUUUGAAAGGAACCGUUAAAAGACGGGCAGCACAAAAAGAAUAAUGUUUGAACAUGGUCUUUCAGUGCACUUCACAUUAAAAUAUCCUUUACGAAUUAGUGUAUUAUCAGGUACGACAGUUUCCCAACGGCCUCGCUUCGGAGUAUAAAUUCCAAAACGAUCUCCUGCGAAUUCACUGUAUUUUCCACGCUUUUGAAUUGAUUAAGGUACAGCUCAAUAAGGCAGACAGGACUCUGCUUGAUUUCGCCGACAAGGACGCCAUAGGAUUAACAGUUUUAUAAGGUCACAUAUUGCCAGGUCGGUCGCUGACUAAUAGAUUAAAGUAGGUUUGACAGAUUUAAUAGCAAACAAAUCUUUAGGUGUAUAUAAAGAGACAAUCUGUUCUGUAAAACUAGCUUCCUAUUUUCGUUUUUCUGGAUUACGUCGAAUUUCAAUUUUGCGUUGGUACAUCGUUAAAUACUUCAUCCUUUACAGUGUUUUUAAUCGAUCGUCCGUAAAGACAGAUUCUGUCGUCGAUGAAACUUCCAGAGAGACAAAGUUAAAAUUGACGCAACUGGGUUUAAAUUGAAGGAAUGACAACUCGCUUUUUUUCCUCCUCCUUUUAGACCUCAUAGAAGCGCGAUCAACUCACCGUUGGUGUAACUUUGUCCGUGGUAUUUUCAACGGGACAAAUAAGACAAUAUCUUGACCUGUAGUUAUGUUCGCGACAGGCUGAAAACUACAUAUUUAGACAUACAACAGGUUUACGUUGACACCUAAUUGAGAUGAGUAAAGAGGUUUUAUUUAACCUAUUGUACUUACUUAGUUCACUUUUAUUUAGAAAGUCGCCAGCGAAUCUCAGGCGUAUUUGCCUUAAUUUUUGAGACAUAACAUUGGCUCUUGACGAAGCAGGUAGUGCAAGUGCAGAAAGCAUGUUUGAAGUUUUAGCACAUUAACCCCUAGCAUGCAUUUAAGUCCGUCAAUAUUGUUUCCAUCACAGCCAGUUCGUGACUAUAAUAUUUAAUGCCUCACUGCUGAUACGAUUUGGUUUCUGCUCACAUUCACUAAGUGCGGGUCUUAUGGUAAAUGAGUAAUACUGUCAAAUGAAGUCAAACCUCCCGGUUAAAAUAAGUGGUUCUACAUAGGAUGAUUAGUGGGCAAACAAGCUUCGAUUUUUAAGGCUCAUAAUAUUACAUUAUGCUCUAUUAACUGCCGGUUGCGAAUAAUCACCCACGGUAAGUACCUGCUCAUCAUCUACCGCUGCUUUUUCAUGAACAAACCUAAACACAUGUUUGACAUAUUUUCGUACGAAAAGUCGAAAUCUAUUGUCAGUCAGAGUGUGCCUGUCGUAUGAACAAUUGACCAUGGACCUUAACACACUGCCUUUCGUCAGUCCUCUCGCUUGAGUAAGACUAAUUCACACAUGUAAGUGCUCCAUUAAACCUCACCUCACUGGAGGUCAUAAGAUUAAGACCCGUCAUUAAAUUAAAAACACAUAAGUAAGUGUCCCGAUAAAAAAAAACAUGCCUGCACAUUUUUAAUUUUCCACGCUGGAUACUACACUAACCGGUAUAUAAAGUAAUCUGAUGCCUUCAAAAUGCAGUGUUCGCUCACAGAAACUGGAUGCAUAAAAGCAAAAUGGUUUAUCUUAUCACGCACAGACGACCGUUUAACCGCUCCACUGUAAUUGCAAAUGUUAAAAUCAGGAGACGUAGAAAAUGGUUGAAUAAACAGAUGACUUAGAAAUACAGCUCAAAGUAAGCAAGCCACAUCUGUGCAACCUGCAAACUCCAAACCUCAAAGCAAUGAUGGCGCAACCAAAUUGUGUUGGCAUGAAAGUCGACACGCAAUAGCGAAUUUAGAAAAAAAAAAUAGUGGUCCAAUUUGUGUUUAAAAUCGGAAAAGUUCAGAAAGGGGAACGUAAAAAUAGAGUAAUGUGGUUUGCAAUAGCAGAACAAACGGCAAAUGAAAAGUACCUAUCGGAGCAUACUAGGACACAUGGACAAAAUGUCAAUUAAGUACAAAAAUAAGUUAGUCAGGCCGAAAAGAUGGGUUCCAUGCAGAUAUUUUUAGUUAAUGCCAGGAUUGACACAAACGACUUCAGUAAAUCUAUUUACUUCAGAAUAUUACGAAAUGAACUUUUUAAAGACCACAAAGACGGAAAAACGCAUAACAGAAAAGGGGAAGAAUGAGUCAAACAGAAUGAAAACAGAAAGAAUAAAAGUAAAUGAGCAUAAAAUUUUGCAGGGACUAAUGCGCAUGGAUGCACACAUUGCAAUAAAAAACAAAUACAAUAUUUGAAGCAGUAAAAUAGGAAAAAAGUGCAAAGCUAACGAGCAGUUAGCAUAUUAAAACCGGGAAGCAGAGAAAUAUAACAAAUAUUUCCAUUUCUAUGUUACAGCUACUUUGCCGCCGCAUACCGAAACACCUCCACCAGGAACAGAACCAAUGAAAAGUAAGCAAAGACAACGAAGAUAAUUAUUGAAAAUAGGAGGUAAAAGGAAACAACGGCAAAAACAUGACAUAACAAGGAAUGGAAAAAAUGGCAUAGGCUAGGGAAAAACUGAAGGAAGAAAGUAGACGGAGGACAAAUGAGCAAGAAGAAGAAACGAUGCAAAUUGCUGAAUCUCUGUGAGAAAAUAAGAUAAAAUGCAUAAAAGUAUUUAAGACUGUAGACCGAGGAAAGGGCAAAAGGCAGAGGCAAUGCAAAUUGCAGAAUAUUUAAGAGAUGUCAGCAAAUGAGAGAACACAUCCAUAUGGGCUUAGUGAUCUGGCGAUAUAAGUCACAUCCAAUAUAAUAUAUAUAUUAUAUUAAUAUAUCAUUAGUAUUAUUAUUAUUAUUAUGAGAAUGGAGGUGUGGACGGCAAUGACAUUAGGGUCUGUGAGAUUUGUGUGUAGCACGGCACGUUGGGAGGCAGACAGCAAUCCCCAUGAUCGUCUCCCUGCAUUCUGUUUGCAGAAAGCGUAACCGAGGUUAAAGGCGAAUCUGCGUGGACCCCAAAGCAAUCUUCGCCUAGUAAGCGUAUUUUCCUACGCCAUUCCUCUCUCGCUAUUCGCUAUGAUCUGCAAACAGGCAGGACUUCGUAGUUGUUUUCAAAUGCCCCUUUUGGAUUUGUUUCUACGCACUCAUUUUAAGCCUCUUAUUACCCUAGCCCGUUGCUAUUUAUUGCGCUACAUGAAUUCAUUCGACGUUCGCAAUUUUAUUUCCUGUGUUAUCUCAUGCUGACCUCUACGAUGGCGUCCUUACCAUUUGACACACUUGCUGCACUACUUGUCUUACUUCCUCUCCUCGUCUUUUGCAUUCCCCGUAGGCCAUUCUGGCGAAAUCCUUUCGACCAUCACGACAACUCCACCUCCAGGAAAAUUUCCUGGUGAGCACAUUCUCGUCAUUGCGUCAUGUCUAACUAUACUCAAUCCACUCCACCAAUCAAAAAUAACUGAGCCCAUCUACUGCAUACCGUGCGCCCAGUACACUUGUGUAUAUAUUGGCCAUACAGGCCGACUCGCAUUAGCGAGCAGAAGUUAUCCCUCCUCAGUCGCGACUCCCCCCCCUUGUCUCUCGUGUUUGCUCACGCCCUUUAGUAUGACCAACGUUUCAAUUGGAGCGGUGCUGAAGUGAUGGCAAUGGGUAACACCAGUUAGGCUCGAGAAUUCCUCGAAGCAUGACAUUCUGGCACAACCAGCAGCAACCGGCACGUCCAUCUAGACUCUCAAUACGAGGGACUACGUAUACGAUCAUUGACUUGUUCCCACACCCUAACAACCGUUAAUCAACAUCUGACCACGCAAAAUUACAGUAGAUGUGCUAACUCAUGAAAUAUCAAAUGGAAUUCAGGAAUGCGGUUUAAUUAAGUAGGGUUGUAAAACCAAUCAAUAUGCAACAUAAUUCUAUGAUAAUUAAAUCACCUAAGGUUGCCUGCCUUCGAAAGAACUCCUUUUCUGUUGCAUGAAAAUUCUAUACUGUGUAAGAAAGGACGGCUUGGAUAGCAUGCAUUUUCUCAUCGAUUUUAGAAGCCCUUAAACAUUCUAUUAUAGUUCAUAGAACACAUGCAUAAAAAUAUUCAUACUUUUGCUCAUUCAGUUAAAUAUUACGUCUUCUUCCAAUCUCAUUUUUGGAGAAUAGCUAUAAUUUGGUUUUCAACACGUUUCCAAUUCGCGGAUAAUUUUGAACCCGAUCUGCAGUUAUAUUUACUUCCAGGGUUGCCAAACUACAAGCCGUAUAUCUUCCGUGUGCGGAAAACCAUGCAUAUCUCUACGGUAUUAAGAGGAGACCAUAUGGAGUUCAUAUAAUUUAGCAGUAGAUUUGAGCCAAAUUGUUAACUGUACAAGCCACACUGGUAAAUGCAAAGGCAUGAAGUUUUAUGAAAAGGCAUAUCACGGCCGAAUUGGACCCGCCCUUCGAAUAUACCAUUGGAAGAAGACGUGAUUUCUACCGAAUGAGCAAAAUAAUGAAGACGUUUUAUGUAUGUCUUCCAAGACUUACAAUUGAAUUUUUAAGGGCAUCGAAAAUCGAUGAGAAAAUGCAUGCUAAACAAGAAGUCAUUUUCUACUGAGUAUACUUUUUGCAUGCAUCCCGGAAGGAGUUCGUUCGAAAGCCGGCAUCCUGAGGUACUUGGACAAUUAUUGAAUUAUGCUGCAUAAUGAUUAUUUCAAGGCCAGUUCUCCGAGAUGCCGGAAACACUUGAAUCAUGUAAGCAACGGCCCUGUCAUUACGGCGGCAUCGCUUGGUAUGCAGAUGCGCCAAACGUAGCGCAGAGAACAUGACGCAGACAGUUAAUAUACUUGCCGGAGUACGGAAUGUUAGCUUUCUACUUUUUCAGCUGGAAGAAUGCCCCGGGUAUUUUGCCUUUCCUUAGGCGUCGUUUUUCUAUAGAGUGACACGCACGCGUGUGGAUAUAGUUAUUUUUUGCUCUAUAUGUGAACUUUUCUGUCAAUCAGUUUGUGUCCUGUGAUUGCAAUUUUUGCGUGCAAUUCAUUCUUUCUUUCAGCUUAUUGUUUUUCAGUUACUAUUUUUAGCAUUAACCCUUCCUUUUUCUUUAUUUUUACUACUUUUUAGUUUACUUCACUAUGUAUUUGAUUCUAUAUUCUCGCUAUUCCAGUACUUUAAUUAUCCUCUUUAACCCUCUACAUGCAAAUUUACCCGUCAUUUAAACUUGUUGCUGAAUACGGCGAAUAUGCGUCUUGGAAUUUUGUAGCUGUAGCCUGAUAACGCCCAAUCUUAGAGGACAACGAUACAGCGAAUCAUCAAUCAUCCCAUUAGCGGGUGAUAUGUGCAAAUAUUUGAUUUGGUAUAACAGUACUAUUCUGUCGAUUUAAGCGGUAUUCUUCAAGGAAAUAUACACGAAGUCUUUGUCUUAAUAUCCCUGCGACGUCCGCCAUUAUCACUUCCUCUGAAAACUCGUUUCGGGCACUGGCGAUUCGCUGUGAAAACGCGAACAUCCAUGUGGGAUCUGGUUCCCUGAUGUUUAAGAAAGUUCCAGCUCAGGUUUACUUUUGUAGUCAAGGUGGAGAAAUCAAUGAAGCGAAUGGCACAGUCUCGAUUCCUUACGAUCCGUUAGGUCUGCUUGAGAUCUCCUCGGAUCUGCCUGUACUCAAGAGAAAAUAGCUUAUGCUCAUCAAGUCUACAGCGGGAAGAUAAAGUCCUGAGGCCUUUCACAAUUUUGGUCGCUCUCCUCUGAACUCGUUCCGGCAACUAAUAGUCAUUUUCAGCCAGAGUCGCCAUGCUUGGAUUCCAUAUUCCAAUUUUUGAAUGAACAAAUGCUCCAUACACUUUUCCAAAUAACUCUUUGAGCAUUAAAGUCAUUUUAAUAGCGAAGAGGACAGCAUUUGCCCUGUCAGCCCGCCUUCUUUUGCGGUUCUUUGUGGCCCUGUUGCUUUUUGCCUUCCCCGCGUUAGCUUUUUCCUUUGUAGUUUUUCCGGCUUUUUUGUCGUGUUUUUUAUGCCUUUUCUCCUCCUUUCCUAUUUUUCAGACGAGCGUGCUUAUUGGGUACGUAUCCUUGUUGACCUUACUUAGUUCUUGCCUUUUGUUGUUUUUCCCCGAAUUUUAUUCUGACUAUCAUGUUUUAGUUGGAGGAAGUGUGGUAUGAUCUCAAGAGGAUCUCCUCGGUAUGUUACUGCGCUUCCUUAACGAUAUUCUUUUCCUCAUCAGCGCUUACUUAAACGACCAUCCUGAUGCCGACUUCGAAAGCCAACGUCCUGAGUUAACUAAAAUACUAUAGAAUUAUUCUGCACAAUGAUCGGUUUAACAACGAAAACGCAUUUAGGAAUUUUGGUUAAUAUUUCAUGAUUAAGUCCAUCUACUGUAUUGCUAAGAGGUUUAUUGUCUACUGGGAGAACAAUCUGCGGUCCCAGAAAUUACGGCGGUCCAGAUCAAAAACGUUUUUGGCUUGAAGGCAUUUGUGCGACGGGUGUUUCUAGUCUUGACUUCGUUUCUUGGAAUCUGGACACAGUAUUAGACAAGGCCGCAUAGAUAAACAGAUGCUCACCGCCAGAUGAAGAAUUUACUCGCUACACGGCGGAUUGCAGAGUCAGCACCUCGAAAUGACACCAGACAGGGAAUGCCAUCACUACGGGAAAUGCUUUCGGUGAAUACUGUACGCAGAACUUGUGGAGGUUGUUCUGACCGAUGAAAGCGAGUAAAAGUUCAUGUUACUAAGGGCUAUUUUGCGAAAUGGCCAUAGGCCUGCGGAAAUUACUCUAGAUUGCAUUUCGGUUGGCAGAAAUGGAAUUACUAUAUAUAACUGUAAGUACUUCAGGAAGAGAUAAAAUGACCCCAAGUGAAGUGUUGUGCCCACAGCGGUCAAAAUUUUGCAAAGUAGUGGAGACAUUGAACGUGUGAAAGUUUAGAAACUUGAAUGACAACCUGGAGUUCCUUUUGUAAUCGGCGAAGCCACAAAGCACCUAGAUCUGGGAGUCCACAACGUUCUCGAUGUGUCGCAAUUGGGCGUUCCGCGAUCAAAGUACUUCUGGUAACAAAAGGCUGGACAAGUUCCACUUUCUGUAGCUCACCAGUGCGCAGAAGGCUAAAUAAAAACGUAUAGCAUUCUAGACCAGGCGGGUGCCAAGAUAGCUAGUUUCAAAUUUCCAUGGGGGAAAUCCAGUCGUUUUGUCUGCCUUGAGGCCAGUCAGGCAGGAAAACUGAAAGACUGGGGCUCCUGGAGUUUUGCAUUCGUAGAUCCUCAACAGUUCCGUUCACAUUAAUGUCGUCUCCAUCAAUGCAUACUUGGGGUUGAUGAUGACUGUUCAGGCGGCGAAACCAUUGUUUGCAGGUUGUGUAACAUGAUUACCAAAAGGGAGGCUGGCAGACGUCAUAAGACCCAGCUUUGCGAUCUCAUGUUGAGUGAGACGUUACCUCAUCUUAGAUUAAGGCCUCUAAGAUUUUCGAAAUUGCCUGGGGGGGAUGUUUACUGGCCGAAAGUCGUCAGCUGACGUAGACUGGCCGUGCUUGGGAAUAUUUACAAGGCAUGAGUCCUUGUACAAACUGGAAUAGGUCCCACUUUCGAGAGCGAGAUUAGAUAUCUCGCACAUGUGGGACGAAAACACCUCACCUGCGUCCGCAUUUAAAUUGCUGUUUGCAACACUAUUUGGUCCAGUACUAUGAGCUUCAAGAAAUCAUCCGGUGACCGAGGCGGCGUCUCAGACGGGCACCGGUCUAUAUGUGUAGGUUAGGAAGUGAAGCGGUCGAAUUGUCAUUAUGCUUUUUGGACAAGAAGGCAUUGGAACUGCCAGCGAUCAGUUUGGCGUAUGCGAUAGGCUUUUAGAGUGCUUCUCAAAGAAUGCGAUGUUGUGGUUCCAUACAACUACCCAUUUGUGAGAAAACAUUUUACGUCGUUUGACGAGCAUUUUUCGGCGAAGGUUACCAUUCCGGCUAGUUAUUUGCUUCUGAUAGCCCCUUAACCCGCUCGUAAAUCAACGUAUCAAAGGCAGAAGUGAAACAUCGUGUGUCAGAUGAAACCGACGGGGCAUUCUGCGUAACCUAGGACGAAAGUAUAUAGGGGGGGGAAGUUUGAUUCGUAGCACUUAUUCUUCUUCUUAUGAUGUAUUGCCAUAGAUUUCAUUUUCCCACUUCGCAAAGUCCACAGUUAGAUGCAAUUGGACUGCCCAGUAAAUCACUCGCAGACCUAUGAAAAUUUUUCUGAAAGGGCUAUUUACACGCAGAGUCAAAUAUCCUGAUUUUCUUCCUGUCAACUUUUAGAUAAUUGAACGCUUGGAGGCGCAAGGAUUUUCUGCUUAA